AUGGAGACUUCAGCUCCAACAGCCACUGAGAAGAAGGAGUGUAAGAAUUCAGGUCUGGAUGGAAGCAGCUUCUCGGAGAUCCCCAAGAAGCCGUCGCCCACCACGCUGAGCAGAGGUAGAGCUGCUUUUAGUCUGCUUUUUACAUUGACUCCGCACACGAGAUCCUGAUAGAGGAUUACAGGACUCUUCUUUAGGACUUGUCUCUGGUAGGAACUCGCAUAAGUAACAGGGUGGCACAUGAAAGAGUGAGAGCGCGAGACGGAGAUGUCAGAGAAUGGCUGAUGAAAAAACCUCAUAAUGAGGACCAAAGACCUUGUGCUCACCUCCCAAGUGUAAAUUUCAUGAAUUACUAAAACAGGCUGGCACAGCGCUGGACAACAUGGAGUAUCAGAGGCCUUGGAUACAGGCUAGGGUGGAGGAAGUAUCUUUGAAAUGCUAAGGAGACGUCGUAGGACAUUGUGGCGUUGGCGUUAUUUCUGCUUAACGAUGGGCUUGGUGGCCUGCCACGAGAGGAGCGGCGAUGAGCAUUAAUUGUUUAGAGACGCUGGGUGAGAAAGUAGGACGUUUCAGAGCGCCCGCCCUGGCAUCUCCACAAAGAGGACACAAGUUCUCAAACCGGCAAAGAUAAAUAUAAGAUAAUACCGAGCAUGAAUUAUUCAGACGUUUACACAGCGAGGACGGGUGUGCGUCAUGUGGGCUGCAGGGCCGCCGUGUUCAUAACCUUCUUCUGCUGUACAGGAAGUGUGCGCACCCAUCAGGGUUAUUUGUGCUGCUGAGGUAACACGGAGGGUGCAGGGCGAGCAAGAUCCCGCUACAAAGAGGUCAUCAUUAAAAGAUGAAGCUCCUGUUUUCAUUAGUGGGUGUGUGAUGAAAACUCCUCAUAACGAGGUUUGAGGACCUCUGAGGUAUCGGCUGGUAUAAAUUACUAAUGCUGCUGCUGCUGGAGUCUGCUGGUGGACACUCAAACCCCUCAGGAGGACACACACACACACACACACACACAUGAUCUGAGAACACACCAUUCAAGUAGCUUCAGAGUUUAAUGAAGGGCCUGGUGGCCUGCCAUAGCAGCGCUCGCCUCCUCACGGUGCAGAGGAGCCGCUAAAGUAGGACACUGGUAUGACAUGAGAAAGUUUAAAGGCUCGGCUCUGGGCUUUGUUUACUCUCGCUCGCUCUCUUGAUUUGAAUUAGUAUGCAUGUGGAAACAAUAAUAUGGGACAAACGUGAAUAAAUGAAGAAGCUUGGAAACUGUGUCCCCAACUGGCUGACUUUGAGGUGCCGCAAAGUAGUCCAAACCACCACAACACUGGUCCUUUCUCACCACAGCGUGUCAAAACACGCCCCCUCCCUCAGGAGGUCGGGUCUGUUCAGGUCUGAACCUUUAGUUUGGACUUUAGAGUCUGUUUUAAAACACUCAAACUACUCUGUUAGGUCUCAGAGACGCAUCAUGAUGUGGUCUGAGAUGACAGCUGGACUCUCUGAACCUCAUGUCUGUAUUUGCAGUGACUGUAGCCUGUUAUUAGGGCUGAGCGAUAUAUGAAAAAGUUUAUCACGAUAUAUUUUUUUCAUAUCAGCUGAUAUCGAUCAAUAUCAGGAUAUAAAAAUGAAAUGUAACAGUGUUUAUUCGUCUUAUGUCUUUUUCGUCUGACGUCUCUUUGUGUCUCUUUGGCGUUUUGUCGUAAGGCGUUGCUCUAGAGAAAGCCGACUAAAUGGUCAUCUGUUUCGGCUCCUCUGCUGUCUGCUACGACUUUGCAGUUGUUUAAUACUUGGUUCUAAUUCAGAACAUGAUUGGUUCAGCUCUCUACAGCGGGGUGCCGCAGCUCAAGGAAGAACAUUUAUGAUCAUUUCCUUGAAGUAAUAAUCACCAUGCAUAACAAUCAUCAGUCUGAUUGUAUUUCCAUGAAGAAAUGAUCAUAAAUGUUCUUCCUUAAGCUGCGGCACCCCGCUGUAGUCUGUAAUGAACUGGCCUGAGGUCUCUCUACAAACAAGCGUCUGCUGGAAGAGAGUAGGUGAGUUGUGUUUAGUCUCUUUGUUAAAGAAAUGAGUCAAAGUUAAAAAGAUGUUUGGUGUCUAGUACUAUGUCUGUGACCCUGUAUGUCCUGUUGAUGAAGUUAGGUGCUGUUCUGAGCAUUAUUUGUGGCUAUAGAGUGGCGUUUUGGUUGAGGGCGUGGCUCUCUGUAUUACUAUCCUGCGGUCGUUACUAAAGUUGACUUUAUUCAAGUCUUUGGUGAAGUUCUCAUGGAUCACUUUGGCUGCAGGUGAGCUGUCAGGUUAUCGGAGCUGUUUCUUCUUCUCUGCUCAGCUGGUGUUUUAAUGCCUCUAAUAUUUACACACAGGGUUACAGAGGUGUGUUUUCGUCCUCCUGAAGUCAGAAAAGCUGAAAACAUAAUAGUGUAACUUUAGCAGAAACAUCCUGAGGACGUCUCGUUGUAUCAUCCAGCUGCAGCUCUUCUUCUCACCUGAGUUUCCUGUGACAUGCCUUACCCUGUUGAACCCGUCUCUGUUUCAGAGCGAGGGCGAGACUUCGUGAUAGACAUGUGCGGAGUAUUUCGUUGAGGAAAUAGGGAUUGAUGAGGAGGAGCUGAGGUCCAGCGGAGUCCUCAUGAUAAGGAUCAGGCCUCUCUCUUCACAGCCUUGUUAAUGGUUUUAAAUGGGCACCCACACUCGCCGUGACAGCCUGCAUCUGUCUGGCAGCCACAGGGCAUGCUCCCACAAGCUCGGCCUUUGCAACCCGACUCCGAGGCUGUGGGAUUUACGAGUCUGUGUCGGCUUGUGCUUUACCAUGUCAGCGUAACAUGUGUUCAGAUUAGGUGCCCGCUACCAGGACCGUAAAACAUCUCAGGGUUUCAAAGGAAUACCUGUGAUUGAUGCAGACCCUCCUCCUCCUCCACUCUUCACACCAAAGCCUCACGUGCACGCUCAAACUGGCUCAGAAAGGCAGCAGGUCCGACCGCUUUUCAUCCAGGUCUUAUCGGACACUAAAGGCUGAAACAUACAGGAUGUGUAUUUGGAGCGAGGCAGCGGCGUCACGUAUCACGCAGAAAAUAGGUUUCCACUGUAAACAAUGCAGCAAAGUGUGCAAGGGAAGGUCCCGCCCUCCUUCGCCUCUGAUUGGCUAGAAGUUCUUGGCUCCGAUUGGUUAUUCCUAAUGGCUGUGAAACGUCAUCGUCUGUCGGGUUCGGGUUAGGAGAUUCAGAAGUGCGAUAGUGUUCUGUUCGAUGUACAGAGAUGACAAGUCCGUGUUAAGCUUGAGCGUGUGAUGACAUUUCCAGCUUUUCUAUCCAAUCAGAGGCGAAGGAGGCGGGACUUUCCCCUACCAUCGUACAAAAAAAAAUCGCAUAAAGGACGUGUAUUAGCUCCAUCGCAGAAUCGUAUCAAGAGUCUAUUUUUGCGGCUCUACGCCUCCAACGCACGUCAAUCCACACAGAGAAGGUCGUUUCAGACAGGAAGUCAAGCAUGAAAACCGUGCAUGUCACCCGGUAUUUCAAAAUAAAACAGCAUACGUGAACUCCUGACUGUGUAUCAGUUCAUGUAGAUGAGAAAUCCUUCCUGGUUCUGGAUUUAUCAGUAACACAGAUUCUGAUGGUCAAUCUCUGAUCCAUGUGGACCCCAACAGGACUUUGACCUGCUCAGAGUUUACUUUAUUAAACACCAGGAAACCUGCAGAAACACAAACUGUAAAAUCACUUCAAGCUUUUUCACAGACAGUCGAGGCUCAACAAGCAGAUAUGGAACGCUCUCAAUCCGGAUCCUGUAAGAAAGAGUCUCAGACGAGAGUUUUUCCAUCAUUUCUCACUUUGUUGUUGACUGUACGAGGCCAGUGGAGCAGACGAGCGCCGUAUCUGUCGGAUGACUGCAGCCAAACGUGUGUUAUAUUCAUCUUUUUCAGGGUUUGGCUGAAGUUCUUCCACAGGAGAUGGAUGUUGUUUGGCUCGGUGUGAAGACAUCUCCAUGAGCGAGGAGGAUGAGGAGGAAACAAAUAUGUCCUCACCUCUGUCAACACUUUCUCUUUCAUUUUCGUUAAAUCACCCGUCCUCUGUUCGUUCCAGUCAAAGUUUCUGAGCUGCACAUCGAGCCCUGAUUGGACGCUCUGGACGGGUCGGCUUUAAUUAGUCUUGCACGGAGCGUAGCGCCGCGAUAACGAGCUGCGUGUUAAUCACGGCCCUCACGGCUCCUUCUCGAAGGGUCUCCGCUGGGGUCUCACCGCUGCCCACGGCUCCUUUUUCUGGAGGGCGCUCUGAAGCAGGUCACGGCCCCCCCUGGCAGAGAAAAAUGUCCCCGAGAAAAAAAGAGCCCCGCCUCUCACGGCUCCCUCCCUGUCCGCAGGCCCACUCCAAAGGGACGGCCACUAAUCUUCCUGAGAAAGAGAUUUCUGCCUUUCUUUCUGUGCACCUAAAUGAGGCUCUUACGCCGCUGUGGUUCCACAGACUGGAGGAGGGGUCGGUGGGGGCUCGGUGGUCCGGGUUAUGCAGGGAUGACCGCAUUCAUGCCAGACCCCUGUGCCCCCUUUUGGUUUAACUCCUUGGCCCUCAAACUGGGUAAAAAGGAUCAGCGCGUUCACCUCCUGACGCCUUAAGUUUUCCGUCCUCUGAGCGAGUUAAGUGUCGGUUCAAGUUACGAGAAACCCCUCCCCCGGCUCCUUCGGCUCCAAACACGUCAUAGAUUUCACUUUUACCAGCUCCGCCGUAAAUAUCCUUGUUUCUCUUUCAAGAAUCGGCUCGAUCAGGUGUCAUCGAGCGUACAUUUUUGUAGGAGCUUAUCAAUAACGUCUUUACUGAUACUUGAGAAGAUCUGUGGACAACAAGCUUACAGGAAAGCUUAUUGACUCUGUCCUGAUGUCGUGGACUUUCCUGUCAGGGUCUAUAGCUGCUGUCCCAGAAUGACUUACAGAGACGCUGAUUAUGUUUCUGUCCCAGAGCCACCGUUUGGGACUCGAACUGAGGAUAAAGUAGAUUCUGUCAAACUCUGCAGGCGUCUGAUCCAGACUUUGCCGUGAACUCUCACGCAUUUUUAUCCUCCUGGUUUUGGUUACGUGGUUUCUUCUUAAACCUUUAAGUGUUUUAAUUCUGUUUGAUGCAAAAGUGCAUUUAAAUUUUUGCAUUUUAACUGAGUUUUUAAGUGAAACAUGCCGUUUAAUUUUCUUCUACAGCAGUAGGAGGACGCUGCAGCUGCUAAAGGAAAAUGAAACACCUUAAACAUUCAGUCAGUCGCUCGGCGUGUUUUUGAUCUUAAAUCUCAGUCAGCUUCAUUUUAAGGUGGUUCCUACAGGAGACAGGCUCUCGAUCACAUCUGAACAAAACUUUUAGAGGUUUCCCUCGUUGUUUUUAUCUUUAUUUCCGUCUUUUAAACCUGAAGAAAGCUGGAGUGUCAAUAACAUGCUUUUCCACUGUGGAUUUACUCCUUCAUUUCCUCCUCCUGCCUCUUUGCGGCUCGGGAUUUUCUUUUUUCCUAAAUCAUGUCAAAAACAAACAAACAAAAUAAAACUUAGUUAGUUCUGAAUAUGACCGGUAGAAGACAGCAUGCUGGAGAAGAAGAAGAAGAAGUGAAAGAAGAAAAAGCCGCAUCAGUGAACGUCGAAGGGCAAAUUUCAAACGAUGGACGCCAGGUUCAUCGAUCCAGGAGAAGAAACGGCGAUAUUGGAAGCUGGACUCGGGUGGAAGAGGCUGGAAAAGAUGGAAAGCUUCACGGUAGCUGGUGACGUGUGUCGUUCGCCAGAAAGGUUCGGUAAAUUUGGAAAGAUAUUCGCAGAUUCGGACUUCGGGGAUCAGUAACUCUGAGACGAAUCGCGUCUAAACACAAAUGACGCCUCUUUCACAUCAUAAUAGCACAGACUAUUAUCUACAAGAAUCAAACAUCGAUUUGUUUUACAAAAAUAAGCCGUUCUUGGAGCUGGAUGAAUUAUACUGAUACUAAUACAGGAUCUAUUAUAGAUAUCUUAUCUGACGUAGUUGAUCGCUGCUCUUGCACGUCUCUCUCUCUUUCAGUCUUUUCUGCUGAAGACUGGAUCUGAAGAGAAGUUAAAGCAGUAGGGACCACUCUUGUUUCCUUGUUUCCUUGUUUCCUUAUGUCCUCACUGAAGCUGUGGCCUCUCAUCAGAAAGUCUGGCCUACAUACUGAGACGAGAGAGCCGCAGUCGUCCUCCCCGCGGGUGAAAUGUAGUGAUUGUUCACGAGGGUUUUAAAGCGUAAUUUACUCCAUAUACAUGUAUUAUCAUUACUUGUGUUUUAAAAUGAAUUAAACAUAAGAUCCCUGGGCUCCUUUUUUAUGUUUACUUAAUAAGUCGGCAAAGAAAUCCAACCAUGGAGUUCAGAGGAAUUUUUAACCAGCGGAGAGAACGACGGAGACUCUUUUCCUGGUUUUCAAAAGGAAUUUCUCAAGACAAAUGUUUAUUUUAGCAAAGGCGUAAAAAGGCAAAUAUUAAGCAGCCUUGUCUUCCAAUUGUAGUUCAGAGCCGGGGCCUGCAGACCGAGCGGAGGACCGGCAGUCUUUGUUAGGUCUCUAAUGUGGUUAUGAAACAUAAAUCAGGCAGAAAUGAGAGGACGGUUCUGAUAUCGGCUGUUUCUCUGAGAGGAGCUGCCUCUGCUUCAAAGCCUCCAGAGUUUAGAGAGUAAAGUGGUUUGCUGUGGGCAACGUCUGCAAAUAUAAAUCUCUCUGUACCAGAGGCGUCUGCUCACACAGCGCCCAAAGACAACAUGUUACAUUCCUCGCCGUUUACAGGCAGAGCGAGGAGGCGGAGGCAAUAUAUGGAUGCUUUAGGGGAUUAACCAACACCCCGUCAGCCUCCGCUCUCUCUCUCUCUCUCUCUCUCUCUCUCUCUCUCUUCUCCUUGUACUUCCCUUUUUCUUCGGCUACUCCAUCCUCUCUUAAACAGAAAGCUUCUCCCAGCAUGCAGAGUGUAAUCCACGAAACACUUCCUGCCUGUUUUGUUUCGAAUCGGCCCAAUCAGGCGUCUCGCUCCCUCCUCAGGAAGAUGCAGCUGAAACUUCUCUGACCCCGUUUAACCUUUCGUUGUCCGUCAGAUCUGCCAGCUUCUGCGAACGUCGCCCCGACACUCACAGUUCAAGCGAAGCAAAAUAAACGUGGACGGAGUUUAGAGGCGGUAAAACAAAAAUGUGUGCGAGCUGUAAACACUAGCGGGAGGCGCUUGUGUAAACAGGCCUGGUUCCUAUGGCGGAGUUGGUCUAGAGGCGGACAGUUUGUGGUCAGGCUCUUCCGGUUCGAGCCCCCCCCCACACACACACACACACACAAACACAAACACACCGGCCCCCCCUCGCCUGCAGACACAGCUGUGGUCCGCCUCCUGAGAAACUCUGCUGGAGGAAAUGGAUUAAUCUGCUCUAAAGGCCCGCUCACCCGUGAGGAGGAGAAGUGCGUGUCUGCAGCCGCCCAGGUGAGAGGACAGCAACGGUUACACCUCCAGACUCUGAAGACGGUGAAGACGUCGUCGUCUUUUAACGAGUACCUGCUGUAACCGAGAACACGAGCGGAGGACGGAGAUUUCUGCCAUCAGUGAAAUUCCUCCUGAUUACAGAGCUUCAGUUUCACUGCUGCCUCUGCUAGCAUUUAGCAAUUAGCUUAAUCACUGCAGGCUCAGGGGCACAGUCACAUAAAGUCCAACAUGUUCCUGCGAAUGACCCGCCUGCCAGUGGGCGAACCCGGGGAGAUGUUUAGAGCUUCAAAAACGGUCCCAGGCGGACGCGGCGGCGAACCAUCCUGCAGCACGCUGAGCGAAGAGGAGGAGGCGGAGGAAUUCCAUAAACAUUUAUGAAAUAAUAAACUUUUACAACUCGCUCACAUCCUCAGGAGCGGUGUGGGUGUGUGUGUGUGUGCGACCAUGACACUGCCCGUCCACAGUGGCAUCAGUCCAAAGACAGGACGCAGACGAGCUGCAGUAAACUCUGCGACCAGCAAAAUAAGCAGAAGAGGUUCCCUGAGUAAACGGCGAGGACGCAGGUAUAAUAAACAAAAGCUCUGAGGAGACGGUCGGAACGUUCGCUAAAAACAGGAGCAGAGAGGAGGCCCAGAGUUCAAGUGUCAUGGUGUGAGGACCACGUAACUGCAGCAGGUCAAAGAAGCGACUUCCACUUCUCUGUAAUCACCGCCACGCCCAUCGUAAGGUCGUCACGGUCCGUCUAACAACCAGCGGACAAAAUGCCGCCAUGUGGAAAACAAAUUUGUAAAGUUGUUCGUCAUCCAGCUGCAGGAAAUACGGCAGCAGAAGAAGAAUAAAGACGGAGCCUCUCUAACAGCUACAGAUGAUUGAGUGUUAAUCCUGGCAGGUUUUGGCAGCGCUCCUCUCUCCUCAGAUGAAAUAAGUCCGUACGUUUCUAGAAACAGAGUCUGGAGUUAAAGUCUGAGAUCCUGAAGAGCUUCCUCUGCCACAUGAGUCCGUUAGAAAGUCGGUAAAAACACACCUGAGUAUCGUUCGUAGAGUCUGAGCGUUACAUGGAGCUCAGCUGGUUCAGGUCGAAGAAACAUCUGAUCUGGAAAUUCAUCUGAUGUUCUUCUUUGGUCCACGACGGGGUUUUUCACACGUAUUCCUUUAACUUCAAUUAUUUCAGUAUGUUAGCGCUGAUCAAUGACCAAUUUCAGAUCAAUUUCAAGUCUUUUGGUCACAUGACAGUGAAGCUAUUAAGGGGAAAACAACCUUUUCUGAGAACAUCAACCGGUAAUUUAUUGACGCUCCCUUAUUCAACACCGACGUUGACAGUGAGGGUGUCGAGUAGAUUUAACCACGCUGCUGUUGUUAUUCCUGGUUAUGGAGAGUGACCCCUAAUCUCCACCUUCAUCCUGAUCGUCUCCUAAAAGGUUGUAUCCUCCGAUCGUAGCUGAUCGUAACCAUUCAAGUUAACGUGUCAAUUUACACCGACUUCUUUCCGUUCCUCUGAGGAUCGCCGGACUCCUCAGCUGAUCACACGAAUUCUAUUUUUUGGCGGAUAAAUUCAGCACAGAUUAACCCGUGCUGGAAAGGAAGUAGGGCACAGACACAAAAUAAAACAUCCGGCUUCUUUUCAAAAUAAAACACUCCGCGUUUCAGGAGGAUCGUAUUUCACACCAUGCAAACGGGCGGAGACGAACAAGUGAAAGGUUUUUAGACGUCAUUUCACCCCGAUGACACCAUGGAUGAGGAGAUGCUGAUUCUAGAAGUCUAGAAGUAGAUUUCCUCCUCUGGAAGGACACAAUCUACUGCUUAUAUGUCUAUGUGUCUGUCUGCAGGUUCUUGUGACUCCUGUAAAGGUCGUCUGAGCAGAUUUUAGCAGAGGUGGAUCGAUCAGUAAAUCAGAUCAUGUGACCUUACAGAGGAGACGUACAAAAAUAUAAAACAGAGGAAGUAAAUUUCUCUAAAGGCGAACGUGGAGACGACGAGUCGCUCCGUCGUUUCUUUCUUCGACACCAUCCUGAAAAAAAACACCCUGUAAGCUCUCUCUAUAAAACACGGAGCUGUGAUCGUUGAAUUCAGUUUUGUUCUGUAAUAACAGCCUGAAGUGCGUCUCUCUGCUCCAGCAUCAUUACGUAUGUUAGCAGGCAGCUGUCUCAUAAACAGUCUACACAUGAGCAGGCUGUGUGUGUGUGUGUGUGUGUGUGUGUGUGUGUGUGUGUGUGUGUUAGCAUAGCGUGUAAGCCUGUUAGGUUUUGUUUGCCAGGUGAUUUCCCCGACAGCGUUAGCUAAGCCCGAGAAUUCUUGGCUCGGGCUUCAAAGGAGCGGCGGGGUCGUCCCCCGGCAGCGGCGAAUACAGACAUGUCCUCCGCAGACGUGAGGCCGACGCGCACAAAAGAGCGACAAACAGUCUGACCACCUCCGAUGGACAUCUCUGUCCGCUGAUUCAGAGGAAGAGUUUCAGAGAGACGGUGAGGAGGAGGACAGUAUGUCAAAGGUCAAAGGUCAGAAAAUUUAGAUUAGGGGACGUGCACAUUUGUGUCUCAGUCUAAAUAUGCAGAAAAAUCUCAACUUAAAGGUUGUAUCAGCUACUUUUAUGUCAAAUGCAUGAAAAAUAUAAGAGUUUCUGCAGAGUUUUUCAAAGUAAAAGCCUUCCUCUAUGUGUUUACUCUGUGCUUUUAUUUUGAAAACACAUCCAGGACAGAUGCAUUUGAACUUUAGCAGGAAAUCAAGUUCUCAUGAAUCACCUGAAAAUUAAUCAUCACUGCAUCUGCAAUCUGCAUCCACCUCUGAGCCCCUCUCUCUCUCUUAACUCUCUACCUGAGGUGAUCUACGGUGGCCGAGAACCGCCACUGCUGCAAAUAAAAAAGAAACCAAAGCCCGCUGCAAAUAAAAAACAAUGCAAAUAAAAAAGAAGUUACCAAUGCAAAAAAAAAGAGAAACUGAAGCCUGCUGCAAAUUAAAAAAGAAUGCAAAUAAAAAAUAAGUUACAAAUGCAAAAAAAAGAGAAACCGAAGCCCGCUGCAAAUAAAAAAAGAAACAGUGCAGAUGUAAAAGAAAACCCCAAUGGAAGAUAACAACACAAAAAAAAAAAUGGUGAAAAAAAAAUAAGUAACUUUUUUUUUUUUUUUCAUUCUGUUUUAUUUGCAGCAGCUGCAGUUCUCGGCCACCGUAGAGACCAACCUCAACACGGUGUUGGUAUCUCCUCUUGGCUUUAACAGCUUCACGCAGCCCACCUCUUCUUAUCCCGGUCUCAUCAGAGCGGGUCGGCGUGAGCUGUCACGCUGAGAGAUCGCUCUUUCUGACGUGUCGUGACACGGCGUCUUUCCUGUAAACACUCCGGCGUUCUGUGACUCUAAAAAAAAGUUAAAACACCUCCAAACUCAAGUACAGCCUCAUGAUUUAACUACAGUGUUCCUUCAUUACAUCUUGACUUUUAUAAUAAACUUCAUAAAAGUGGAGUAAAGCGUGUGUGUGUGUGUGUGUGUGUGUGUGUGUGUGUGUGUGUGUGUGUGUGUGUGUGUGUGUGUGUGUGUGUGUGUGUGUGUGUGUGUGUGUGUGUAAGCUGAGUGUUAGCUUUGGCAAACAGGUCUGAGAUGCUUAAGCGAUAAAGGUACGAUAAAUCCUCUUUAUUCAGCGGCGUUGUAGUCUCAGAGAGAAUCUGGCCCGUCUGAAAUUCCCACGGAACAAAGAGGGAGGAGGGGGGAGAGAGGAGGGGGUGAGGAAAGGAGAGGGAGAGAGGGUACUCGGCUGAAGAGGGGGUAUUGUUUACAUAUCAAGACACUUCCUGCGGCUCCCAGGAAAAGCAGUAAUUUACCUCGCGAGGUUUUACAGUUUAAUUUCUCCAUUGUGCGGGGGGAUAACCCCUUAAUUAUCGAGGAGGAAGUAGCCUAAAGCCCCGGACAGAGGGUGAGGGCUCACACAAAUCCUCAGUCUGGAUCCCCUCCCUCCAUCUUCGCCUCGGCCAUUUUGCCCGUUCAUUAGCACUUGCGGGGUGCCUGGACACUUGCCAGUUCGCGCUCGGCUCCAGUCAUAUUUCCUCCGGUGAAGCCAGACGAGCUCCACAAGUGGAGACUUUUAGGCGUCUGUGCCCGAAAGAUGAGGAGGGGUCUGGGGGUUGGCACAAGCUGCCAAACCCCUGGAGACCCCGACCCUUUACAAGCUGGUGGAAAUCGCUCCGUAAAAUCAUCCCGCCUCUUGGAACGUUUAAUGCAAAAGCCAUCUCGUAACAACGCCGAUGAUUAACAUCCAGAGCGGGUACUUUUGCAGAAAAGCCCGAUGACAGACGUGAACAAAUAUUGACUCAAGUUAUAAAUGUUCCAAGAAGUAUGUCGGGUCGGAUACUAUAUGGACUCUGCAGAACCAUCCAUCAGCACGAAGUGAUGUGUGUUCAGUCUGAGACGUUUAACUGAAGGUUUGAGUUUUUCACUUUUUCAGACGGAGUAUAAACUGAGAUGACGAGCGCCAAAAACUUCAACCACGUUCAUUUAUUUCCAUUUUGACAUGAUGUAGAAAAACUCUGAGAGCAGGUCCACACAGAGAUAUCGUGAUAUUACCAAAUGUCAUCAAUAUUCAAAGAUUUUUUAUAAAUACACCACGAAAAAAAAGAUACUUCUUCUGCAGUUUGUCUUCUUCUGUAAAUACGGAGCAUGCUCAGAAGGCCGAGAGAAACCCACGGCUGCAUUAUUAUGUAUUUUUAGAGUCCAGUUUCAGUCGUGUUAACAGAAUAAAUCGUUCUGAAGGUAACCUUAAAUGUCGAGGUUAUAAUCACUCCAGAGUUAACGUAAAACUUCCUUCAGCUCACCUCAAAGUUGCACUCUGGUCUUCAUACUCUCGGUCUUCAGAGUCUGGGGGGGUCCUGUAGACUUCCUGAUCCUAACAUCCCAGGACAGUCGAUGAAAACCUCCAUUCAGGACCAGGAUCUGGACUCUGAUUGGACGACAUUUAUUCUUAAUAGUUUUUUGCUUCAUCUGCAGGCUCCCGUGUUUCUCCUCCACUUCCACUUUCUCUCCCCCCCUCCCUUCCCACACAGUUACCAGCACCAUUAGGCUGUCAUAACACGGCACAUAUAACCUGAGGUGAUCCCUGGACUGAGUGAACCGAGCGUCCCUGGAGGCAACGCGCUGCCGCAACCCAACAGGAUUGCUACCUCAUGGUCUGGGGUGAUGGGGACCACAUGUAAGCAGAGGCAACCGCUGGUCCUAAUAGGAGCUGACAAGUGGCGGUCUGACGGAGGGAGAUCAGAUGGCCUGGGCUGGCCUAUCGCUAUAGAAACAAGGCAGUGUUUCUACAGCCCCGUAUAGCACAGCGGUUAGCUUUAAAUAGAGUCUUUGUGCGGAGGAAACACUCCCGCUCCUUUGUCUUUGAAUAAACCCCGUUUAACCUUUAGUUGGAGUUUGAAGUUUGUUUCUACGCCGAUAAAACCGUUCCUCUCUGCACGCUGUCACACUCUCAGAGCCACACAAGACGACAUCCUCUCACCAAUCCAUGAGGGAGGGGGGGACUUUCACAGCUUCUCCGAGGUGUCAGAGGGUGUUUAUCCAGGAAAAUAGGACAGUGGCGUUCCCGACAUGGAAGCUCACCUCAGCGAUGGUGUGUGGCCGCACGUUUAACCCUUUAACCACAGCGUUCAACCAGAAUAUCACACUCUGCAGGAUUUCAUUGACGCUAUGGUGGAUUUAGACUCGUUUCUAUCAAGUUCAACUACAGCUGCAUUAAACAAAGACGCAACAAACUGACCUGUAACUUUUGGUGUGUCGUCAUGCAAACUGCAACUCCACAACUACAGCUUUAACCUGCACACACAUCCUGAAACAAGAUCUGUGUCUUUGCAUUCAGACACACACACUAACCCUUUUACACCCACAUAUCAGCUGAUACCAAUUAUUUCAAAACGCCUUAAAGGUGAAGUAGGCAGGAAUCUGUUAAAGAAGCAUCUUUUUUUUGUGGUUUUAAUACAAAAAACUUUGAAUAUCAGUCAAUAGUUAUUAGUUAUUGAUGACAUUUGGUAAUAUAAUGAGCUCAUUCUUGGGUAACCUGCUCUUUCUGACUGUAAUCAAAGCCGUUCUCCACCUCCUCUGACCUGAUUGGUUGUGAGGCAGACGCUGCUCCCCCGUGUCGUUCAGGAGCCCAAACAAAGUUAGCGUGCUACAAUAUCGGACAGUAGAAACCAACCAGAAAGUUCGGAAAAUUGUCUGAAUCCUCCUUUGGCCACGACUGCCGACACAAGCAAGAAAACAAAGUAAAUACCGGAGACUCUGGAGGAAUAACGGGCGCUUAAAACGGAGGUAGACCGGACAAGAGCUAAAAAGCCGGGUCAACAUAAACCAUGGGGGACGCUUGGGGAUCUUGGUGACCCUGUAACCUUUCUGCUGGACAGGUAAACCGCUUUAACAAAGUAAGACAAGUGUCUGUAACAGAAGUGUUUCUUGUCAAACGGACCUGCUGUAGCGUGUUGUAGCGCCAUCGCUAAACUGUCCUCCCUCGGGUCCUGGACCAUGUCACUUUAUCCUCGUUGUAGAAGUCCUGCAAACAUUGUGUUUGCUGGUAGUCUGUUGGCAUCUACAGUAGCACCAGUGCUUUUGACUUUCACCUUGACUGGGCCCCAUUUGUAAUGAUCUGAAGUAUUUAUCUGCAUUAUAUCUGAAUUUAAAUGGAACGAUACGAGCGAGCAGGAGCGUCUGUUUGUGGGCGGGGCUUGACAUUGCUUCAGAUGUCAAGAAUAUCAGAUUUUUGAUUGAAGUUUCACAUUUUCCAACAACAGUACUCCAAGUUUCCCCUUUUUCCAUCCGUCUUCUUUCUCUUUUGCGUAAUGAAACCAGUUCAUUUUCACGCGUCAGUGUCUCGGUUUAUUGACUCGGGUUGCUUUAGGUAAAAACCUGUGAAGAUGGUGCAAGAAAUGACAUCAGGUUUACUUCAGUCGCUCAGAAAGGUUAAGGCGAUCUUUGCGGGGGACGGAUGAAGCCGCCAAAAUCACAACUGUUUUUAUUGCCUUCGCGUGAGUCAUGAUCCGUCCCGGCUCCCCGAAAACCGCGGCGCAGUGUGACUUCACAGACGCUUGGUGUGAGCUUUUAAUGUGGUGCAUCUGAGGAGAAGGGUAAGAAAAACACAGCAGCCCUCCCUCUCUCUCUCCCUCCUCCCUCCUCGCUCCCUCGCUCCCCGCAGAACCGAACAAGAGCUGGUCGAUGAAGAUCACGACUGUACCACAUGUGGAUCAUUAUGAGGAGCCGCUUUCAGAUCGGGGCGAAGAGAAACACUUUCUAAUCAAGUCUUUGGGAAAACAAAAACCACGACGCCAAAACUGAAAGGGCGAUCUCCAACCUUUGAGGAGACAGAUGGUUUUUGUUUGUUUCUUUGGAGGGAAAAGCAAAUAAAAGUGAAGGAGUUGUCUCAUUAAUCAGUGUGCCGUCAUUUGUUUGUUGAUGACAUAAAAGCUGAGCAACACUUCCCUUCAGGGACUCUUUACUGCGCUUAAAACAACAGCGCUUUUCAGCUUUAAUAAGAGGAAUCCAGCAGCGGAAAAAAACUAAUUCUCCAAAUUUUUUCCCCCUUUUUGGAAUCGAGUUAAGAUAAGCGCACAAGACUUAACUCUGGAUUUGCUCUGGAGCCUGGAGCUUGGCCCGGGUCCACACUGUAAUUGUUUCACCAUGUCGGCGCUCAACGGUCCUGCGACUACAACCCAGAUAGUGAUAUGUGAAAGGCUCGCCCGUUCCAGCGUGUCUUAUUUUAGACUCUGAAAUAACCAGAGUUUAAAAACGUCCGCUUUUAUCAUCACGUUUGAACUCUGAGUUAAACAUCUGUAACUGUCGGUGUUUGUGUCUGACCGUAAACCAGUCUAGAAACAGGCUCAGUGACGCCUUAGAAGGUCUGUAACAGGACGGAAGAAGUAACCAUCAUGAACGCAACUUUGCACGUUUAGGCAUCUUAUUGGAAGAUACCUGUAGAGGGCGCACCGGCGAGCUCAGGCUGUGUGCAGCUUCUGGACUCGCAGGAUGCAAAGAAGAGAAGUGACCGAACUUUUAAGAGUUUUCUUUGAUGUUGACACUUUGUGAGUCGUUUCAUGAAGAUCACGAUCUCAGCACCGCCAAGACGAACUCAGCCAGUGCCAGUUUUAAAGCAUCUGAACUAAAAACUGAAUAAAUAGAGAUUAGUUCAACGUUUUAUUAACAUACACAGUAAAUAAUUAAACAGAUCUGUUGUGUCGACGCUUUUUUAGGCGUCGACCGCCGACAUUCCUUACACAUCGGCUGAAUUAAUCGACGUCACUUUGGAGAUUCCAGAACCACCGCCACACAGCCGACGAUCAAUAACUUUUCUUCUCAACAACGGCGUCUUCAGAGGAUGACUCAAAGUCGCGUUUAGCUCCACGUUCAGUCAUUCGGUUUACUUUAGAAAAUUACAGAAGUGAAGCAGGAAAAGCUCGACUCUGAUUGGCUGUUGUGACGCACAUUUCCGCCAUGGUUGAUCGAGUAAAUAUGCUCUCAGCUGAUCGUCAUGUUUGAACUGAAAUUUAUCACGAUCAUACAAUCGCUCAGACUUAUGACCGCCUUCAGCAGCUAGGGUUGGGCGAUAAAUUUACCGAUACCAAAAUUUACGACAAUAACCGACGUCAUUUUUCCCGUAUCGGUAUAUUCUGUGUUAGUUUUGGAUGUGUGUAGGUGGGCUAUGGUCUCAUGUCCCUUUGAGACGCUGUCCUACGUCGCAAAGGACAGCGUCUUAAAGGGACCGGAGGGAAAGACAGGUGAGGAGAUGGAGGACGGUUCAGAAGUUGGAGCGGCUGAAGUAGACGAAGUUAAUGUGGGAGGGGGUGAGCAGCUUGUGGAGGAGUUAUCGAGGUGAACUGAUCAAUAUAUCGUGAUAUUGAUUUGAGGACAUAUCGCCCAGCCCUAAUCCAGAGUCGCACAGUUACAGCAGUAACAAACAUUAAAGCAUUUGUGUUUUUAUUUUUUCAUUCUUUAGUUUUUUCUUGAAUUAAAAACUCUUUGCUGCAUCUCUCUGUGGUCCUCUCUGACCACGUCCACCAUGACGGUAGAUUCCCCCACAGACUCACCCCCGAGGUGACUCGACUCUGUCAGCGUCACACACAGGGGAAGCGACAUGUCGGCUAAUUAUAUCACACAAAGCCUGCUGUUUGUCAGCGCGGCUCCGGUGACAAACGAUUCCUUAUCUUGAGGGCUGUUGUUUGUUGUUGCUGAGUAAUGUCCCCGCCGCUCGCUCUCGUCUCUGGAGCCUUCGGGGGGCUUCAGCUGCCGAACGAUCAUCCCACAUGUGCACACCUGAGCGUGCGGCGGCAUCAGAGAGGGGCGGAGGUUUCAGCUCUGCAGAAAAACCAACUUUCUUUGAUUUGUGUCGUUCACCCUGCGGGCCUUUUCUGUGUUUGCUGUUUCCUGUUUGACUCCAGCUUUCAGACACGCAGUCUGAUGGACUUUCCAUUCGCCUGCAAAUCUAAUGAAGACAGACGUGUGGACCAACACACAGAGAGAGAGAGAGAGAGAGCUCCUUUUCUCUUCCAAUGUCACAAAUCUCUUUGCUUUAUAAACGCUUUGACCUCAUUGCCGGUGAGGGACUGAUGAAAGCGACAUGUGUUACUCGUAGGGCCGCUGUUUAUUUGACUUCCAUACUUGCAUUAAGGCCAAGUAAACAGAUCAGCCGCCCUCCAGCUGCUUUAGCAGAGCCACCAGAGCUGCAGGGAGGAAAGAGGAGAAACGAACCUCUGAGGGAGGAUGUUCAGCGACGGUGUAAGAAGAAGAAAUACAUGUCCUCGUUUAUAUCUCUGGAUAAAAAGUCAGAGAAAGAGAAUUGAACUGCUUCGUUAAGUUGAGAUGAUGCUGUUUGUGAGUUUUUGUGAUGUCUGAGGACAGUCUGUCACCUCCUCAUCGCUCUUUCAGAUCUGUAGUUUUCAUUUACAGCUGCUGGAGGUUGAUAACUGUAAGAGGACUUUCUCGGUCUCUGUAAACAAACUUUCAGGAAGUAAAACCCGAUGAUUAUCCUCUCCUCCUGACUUCUGAUUGUGCAAGAGUCACAUUUCUGCUCGCACAUUUAUUUCUCUGCUGCAAGAAACUUUAAUUUUACUGCGUUUUUCGCUGCAGGUUUUGCAUAAAUCCAUGUUUUCUUUCUCACUGCGGAUGCCUGAAUCUGAUGCACUUAAAGUUGCAGCAUUUCUUCUUAUGAUACGAUACUGAUAUUGUAGCCUUCAGUAUUGUCCGAUAUUGAUCCGAUAUUGGCACAUACUUGUGCAUGAUUAGUUUUGCACUCAGCUGCAACGUCUUUUUCGGACUUUAACAAAAAAUACUGACAUCACUCCGACUCCUCUCUGCUUUGUCCGUACUUUAGUUCACUCUGUUGUCGGGAUCACAUGGGCUCUGUAUGAUGGAUCCGGGCGCCACUAUUUAGAAGUACUGGAGCGGAGUCUGGAAUGGACUUCUGAUAUCAGAGAUUUUAGAUGCAGGCCGAUAUAAUCCCAUAUAUCUCUGCUUGGACGAUUUGCUUUCCUGAUUCGUUUUUUUUUGGAUGUCGAUAUUCUACGAUGUUAUCAAUUCUCUCCAUUCCAGUCUGCAUUUUUAACACCAGUGAGACAGUUGAAUGAUUAAGAUUGUCUACUAACUAUUCCAGGGUUAUUUCCCCCAAUGAAAACACAUCACAUGUCAGUCAGUUUUUAAGAUUUAUUCUCAAAUUUGAAAAAUAAAAUAAAAAAUUGAUUUUUUCCUCCCACCUCUAAUCUGAUUUGUUUUUGGCUGAUAUCGACAGAUAUUCAAUAUCAAUAUCGUAUCGGGACAGCCCUGACGAUGAAAGCUUUCUCGUUUGAUUCUUUGGGUUCAUAGACGAUUUUCGGUCCUCCUGACCGGGAACAAGACGAGCAGCAAAGAGACGUUUCAGAAUAAUCUGUGGGUUUAACAGGCCCAGCAAAGACCAGGUUGUUGAUAAUGAGUCACUCUGUGUCUGUGGGGCUCCUGUCUGUCACUGUCACAGCGUCACAGUUGUCCUCUUCAGCGUCUCUGACAUCAGUCUGAGAAAACGAGCUGAAACAACAACAGAUGGAAAAGAGUUUACUGCUCCUGACGGCAGCAGCGGGACGGUUGGAGAGUCUGAGGGUCUCGGCUCGCUCUGCUUUUAACAGUCAGUCACCUGAGAGCCCAUCCAGUUGGUCGGAGCCCCUCUGACCUGCCGCACAGCUGUUUCUUGUUAGUGCUUUAAAACAAAUUCCCAGAGUGAGAUGGUUUCCAUGCUCAAUCCCGCCCUGGAGAAAGAGGCCAGACUGAGAGGAGGAGGAGGAGGAGGAGGAGGAGGAGGAGGUUCAUGAGACCCUGCUCUGAGUCUGUGUGUGUGUGUGUGCGUGUGUGUGUGUGUGUGUGUGUGUGUGUGUGUGUGUGUGUGUGUGUGUGUGUGUGUGUGUGUGUGUGUGUGUGUGUGUGUGUGUGUGUGUGUAAACAGCACCGCCUUAAUGUUUUAUCUUAUCAGGAGAGGUGACCUGAGAGCACAGAGGCCUGUUUCUAAGACGCUCUGUCCUGCGUUAAGAACGCCAUCCACAGUCGGAUUCAGAGUCGAUCUCCGGCGUUUCCUUCAGAAAGACUCAGAGGACGCUCGCCGUCAGUCAGUCAGUCAGUCAGUCAGUGAGAGUCUAACCGCUAAAGACAACAAACACAACAGUCUUCUUAUUUUUGUUUCAGCUCUGAUCAAAUCUUACCAAGUAAAAAAAAACAUUUUUCCUAAAACCUGCUGCAGCAUCAUCACCUGCUUUAACGCCUCCUAACAUCCUUUCAACAAAGAUCUGUAAAUCAUAGAUGCUGCAUCCUCAGUUUUAAACAACAUCUCAACCUCAAUCUCCACCUUCAUCCUGAUCGUCUCCUAAAAGGUCGUAUCCUCCGAUCGUAGCUGAUCGUAACCAUUCAAGUUAACGUGUCAAUUUACACCGACUUCUUUCCGUUCCUCUGCGGAUCGCCGGACUCCUCAGCUGAUCACAAGAGUUCUAUUUUUUCUGGACGCCGGAGCAUGGCGGAUAAAUUCAGCACAGAUUAACCCGUGCUGGAAAGGAAGUCGGGCACAGACACAAAAUAAAACAUGGAUGAGGAGAUGCUGAUUCUAGAAGUCUAGAAGUAGAUUUCCUCCUCUGCAAGGACACAAUCUACUGCUUAUACGGUUAACCUCUGUGGCUAAAGACGGCUCGUUAUCGCACGAUUACACGUGAAUCUGCAGGUUCUCGUGAGUUCUCAUGAUUCCCAGUGUCCCGUUAUCCGCCAUGAAAUUCGCCUCACAAAUGGAUCCGGUAGAAAUUGGCGGACGGUAAAAAUCGCUGCGUUCCGAAUGUGGUGGAAAUUCAGGGUUAAAGAGUCUGAAUGAUUGGUCAGAUCUGCAGAUUAAACAUCAGCUGUAAAACAGUGCUAAGUGAUGUGGGAUUAGAUUAAGGCUGUAUUAUUUUAUACACUGGAGGUUAUUCCUAAAUAUCCGAGUCUCUCUCUGAGGUAAAUCGACUUUGAUUGUGUUGUUGGAGUUUACUGUAGCAGCUGUUCCUGGUUAAAGUCAGGAUCUGUUUUUCGGUGAUACGUUCAGAGGAACAGUCAGAGUCUGUCAGAGGUUAAAAAAGCUCUCAUGGUCGAUAAGCUCUCCCCCACGCACAGCCGGUCUGUUGCAGCCGUUUCCGCCUGUUUGACGAUUUCGCCUCCAAAUCUGUUCUGAUCACGUUUCGUUAAAACGACUGAAUCUCUCUCUAAACUUGGCUGCUCUUAACGCCGCCAUUAAACUAAUGGAGGACGGUUGUUUAUUGAAUCAGACCUCCUCACACACACAGAGGGGUAUAAAAGUCUGUUAUCUGAACCUGGACAACUUUAAUAGUCCCUCAGAAAGAGUUUACCUCCACCCCUUUGAGUCCACAUCCAUCCUUGUCUCGAGAAGACUCGUGUCGUCUCCACCGACCAAAAGAGAAGUUGCGUCUCGUCCUGUAAGACCUCGGACACGUUUAACAGACUCACUGCGGCGGUUUGAUGGAGUCCAGAUCAGGUCGGGCAAAGAGAUCCUCCCCAGCCUCCCACUCAGGCCCGGAGAGCGCUCUCCCCGGGGGGCGCCUCACCUCAGGGUGACCCCCAGCUGAGACGGCUUUAGAUUGAUGCGUGCUGCCUCCGUCUCCCACACACUGUGAGCUCUUCUGGGUAUUUCCUCCGCCUUUCCCGUCUUUUCUUUACGGGGAGAAAAGGCCUGUUUACAAGCCGGGGCGGGGGGAGCGCUGAGCUUGCACUGAGGAUGCCGUCAUCGGGCGCUGAGGACGCUCUUUGUGUGAACUGGCAGCUUCGCCGUCAGCUGUGGCUCAGAGGUUAAAGGGCUCACGGAACGCUCGGGGCUCCCGCCGUUUGGAGCUUGAUUGGCGGUUUGCUCUGUUCUGAAACUGGCGAGAAAACGGCGUCUGAUAAAGUUACAUGUAAAAUAAAAGUCGAACAGAAAGACAGGACUGAUCCAGCUCUCGUGUUUUUUUCUUUUUUUCCAUACAUCCUCCUGAAUUCGCCGUUUUUACCAUCCCAGCUACAAAAACAAUCCCACCGCUUUAAUUACGCGAUCAGGACUACACCUGCGCUCCAAAAGGACCGGGCGAUAAAUCAGGAGUCUGCACAGGAAGCUGAUUAUCCUGACACCUCAUCAGUCUUCUCUGAGAGGACGGCUAAGCUAAUGCUAACUGUACGCUAACACCACACGCUCAGAUUUGAAGGAUUUCACUCAUGAGCUCUCAGAAAAUAAUCCAAUCAGGAAUUCACACAACGACUAAAAAGGUUCAAGGUUCAGACAAAAACAAACCCCUCCUCGUUCUCCUUGUUCUCCUCGUUCUUGGUUUCUCUCGGCCCUAACCUCACACUGAUUGGAUGCUCGCACCACCAGCUGAUGGCGGCCCAGGUGAGAGAAGGUCUUAGCCGUCAGCGUUUAGAACAAUUAGGAGACCUGGUUCAGCAUCUUGCCGUCCGGGUGAUGGAUCACGCUUGAGGUGGGCUUUGUGGGUUUGCACUCUGAGACCGCUGACGGAGAAGCCAGCUGAGUCUGAGGGAUGCAGGUGCCAUGGCAACGGAACAUAAACAGAGGCAAAGGGCCCUCAUGGAGACACGCUAGUUUAGAUUUUAAUCUCAAAGUUUCUCUCAGCUCAUCAGGAAACUCGGAUAAACAAAGUCAGACUUUAAGAAGACAAGGCGGUCCUCCUCCACGCUCCUCCUCACACAUCUGAAUUCUUGUACUUUGCUGUCCUGCUGUCUGCAGCAGUAAGGAGUUGCUUUUAGGAGAAGUUAGGGAUGACAGCAGCUGAACAAAGGGGAGCAUAAUAAGCUAAGGAAGUUUCUUUAACUAUUUUUCUUAAGUGUUUGUUUAGUUUCUCGCCUGUUUUCAACAAGCUGUUGGUGUUGCUGCUGCAGCCAACCAAUCCUAAACCAGAAGGGGCGGGGCUGGUCAUCUUUGGUAACCAGGAAUACAGAUGAUUGUCAAAUCCAACACAGAGAAGAAACUGAAGAAACAAAUCAGACCCAGACAGAAACUCCUCCUUUAAAUCAAUCAUUUUAACAAAGUCAUGAACAGAAGACUGACAUCUCUGAAGUUUUAUUUUUGUUUUGAUCAAAGUGUGCAGCGUUCAUUCUUCCACACAGCUGCUUUGUUUAAUCUGACCUGUAAAUAUAAAUAUAGAUCUAUAUAAAGUUAGAAGCUGAGUCCAAACCUGUGGAAAACAACAGUGGAUCCAGUGUUGAGUGAGUGUUUGAUGUGCGCGGGUUCACAGGGACUAAUGAAUUUCCGCUCCGACCAUCUCGUGUCAUUACAGAGACCACCGGCCUAAUCCACUUACCUUCUGCCCCAAAUCCUCCUAUCAAUAAAAAAGGUAUCAUUUUACUCUCCCUGGGGGCGGCUAAAAGCAGAGAGUGACUCUGUUAAGACCUCCUUUCAUAGAUGGCGGUGGUUUCGUGCUCUCCUGUAAGCCCCUAAUCCCUCUGUCGCCAUCACUCGCCCAUGCGCUGCCCUGGAGGAAGCAACGUCUUGCAAACUAAACCUGCAGGUUUGGUGUUGUGUGCGUAGCGCAGGAUUCUCGGAUUAGGCUAAACACACACUUUUUAUUAACCUUGGGCAUCGCACUCGCUGUGUGUGUGUGUGUGUUUGUGAGUGUGUGUGUGUGUGUGUGUGUGUGUGUGAGAGACGGCUCUGCUCAGCCUCAGCGUCCGUGUUCGUCUCCGUCACUCUCGAUAGUUGCUUACUGAAAGUGAACUGCAGAACAAAUCACUGUCUGUGUGUGUCAUUGUGAGCCUGUGAGUGUGUGUGCAUGCACAUGAGCGUUUGUGUAUAGCUGUUGGCACGGUGCUGUGUAGUUAGGACCCGGGCCAACUUUUUCUGCUGGAAUUUCCUGUCUGAAUCGAGCGCCCCCUCCUCUCCUGCUCCUCUCUCCUCUCUUCUCCCUUUCUCUCGUGCCUCCCCCCCCCUCCUCUCCUCUCCUCUCCUCCCUCUCAAAGCUCCACAAAAGCUUUUUUUCCCCUGAAUUAUUCCUGGCCUGGCUCGGCCCAGCCUCUCAGGGCAUUAUUAUUAUCGUUGAGUACUUCCUAGUAGACAUGAGCCCACUUCACUCAGGGCUGCAGCAGCACGGUUCUGAUCCGGGGCUUCAUUUGGACAUAAUGAGAGAGUGCUUUUCCUUCCUCUUUGUCUGAGUCAUGAGACUCAUAGGGGCCUUUGUUAACAUCGAACACCUGGCAUUGUCUUAAGUGAAAGAUCAAACCGUGGCUUUGGGAUCCGAAGUAAAAAGGAGAAGAUGUGGGGCUCUCGGCAGGAUGUUUGGCACGUCUGGAGCCUCAUUAUGGGGGCUGGGGGGCGAAGAUAUGUUGGGCUUUUAAACAAACAGGUUAUGAGAGAUCAGAGCAGAUACGGCGCCUGAGAACGGCCACCAGUCAAAGGGUUCCUGGGGGCUGGAUUGAUUUAUGAUAUAAGAUUACUCCAAUACAAAAGCCCCUCAGUGCAGCGCGCACGUAUAACUGCAGUUUGAGCCGCUGCCAUGAAUUACAAGAUCAGUAUCUGCGAUAAAACCGAGCGGAGCAGAAAGAGACGUUUUAAAACGUUUACAUGAUUUCCUCCUAAAGUUAGUGACCUAAACUCCGACAUUCACAUGAGAUAAACCGUCUUUACGAAGUUUUCUUUGAGGAGAGACCAAAACAGGAGGUCUGCUUGACAAAUUAGUUAGUUAUAAACAACUUAAUGUUGUGGCAAAUAUGUAAUAAUACCGUACUAAAGUGUGUGUGGUUUGAGUUUUAUUACCCCCUUUUACUGAGGCUCUAUCACGCUCUUAACUAGCCACAAUUUGGUCUUAAUUAGUCUUUAUUACACUCGUACACUAAACCAUUACUAAGUCUUUGUUGUUCUUUAUAUUUAGCCUUAACUAAGGGAUUAUAACAACAUAUUAUAGGCACAGAUUUCUUCAUAUACAUAGCCUUAACCAAGCCUUUAUAACAACCUUAACUAAGUCUUUAUAACAACAGUUAUUGCACCUUUUAUAAAGCGUGUCCACAUCCUGUUAUAAACCUUUAUUACACUCUUAUCUAAACCUUUACUAAGCCUUUGUUGUUCCCUUUAUUUAGCCUUAACUAACUCUUUAUAACAACCUUAACUAAGUCUCAUCUUAACCUUAUUACGUCCUUUUAUGACUUUUACAUCCUUUAAUAAGCUUCUAUUACACUCUUAAUUAAAUAUUUGAUACACUCUUAACCUUUAUUACACUUUUUAUAAAGCAUUUUUACAGCCUUUAAGAAAACUAUAUUACACUCUUAAUAAACCUGUAUUACACUCUUAACUUCAAUUUUUAUUACACUCUUAAUUAAACCUUUAUUACACCUUUAUAACACCCUUUAAUAAACCCAGAAUUUCACUUGUAACUAAUCCUUUAUUACACUCUUAAUUACACCUUUAUUACACUCUUUAUUAAACCUUUAUUACACUCUUAAUUACACCUUUAUUACACUCUUAAUUAAACCUUUAUUACACUCUUUAUUAAACCUUUAUUACACUCUUAAUUACACCUUUAUUUCACUCUUAAUUACACCUUUAUUACACUCUUUAUUAAACCUUUAUUACACUCUUAAUUACGCCUUUAUUACACUCUUAAUUAGGCCUUUAUUACACUUUUUAUUAAACCUUUAUUUCACUCUUAAUUACACCUUUAUUACACUCUUAAAUUUUUAUUACACUCUUAAUUAAACCUUUAUUACACCUUUAUAACACCCUUUAAUAAACCCUGAAUUUCACUUGUAACUAAACCUUUAUUACACUCUUAAUUACACCUUUAUUACACUAUUAAUUACACCUUUAUUACACUCUUUAUUAAACCUUCAUUACACCUUUUCCUGAACCACAGAUCUUUAUCUCCUGUAAUAUCUUUAAACAACAUGACUUUAGUUUCUCCUGACCUUUGACCUCUGAAGUGACUCUAUGACGACUUUUCUAACAGGACGGCGUUUUGGACCGACCCUCUUUGAGACCCUGAUGGUAGUGUGUGGUAUCUCACCCUGAGACAUAAACAGACCCCUGCAGUUUGACAGUUUAAUAGAUCGACUGAAGCUCGAGUGUUGGCGUGACUUCCAGCUCAACCUUGCAGCCUUUGUGGCGGCGGUCUCUUCCCUCGUCCCGUGUCCUCCCUCUCCUCCUGAGAUGUGCCAGGCAGCGCAAGCGGGGGGCACCUCUCGGACAAAGCCCCAACUUCUGGCUCCACUUGUGACACAAAGCUCAAACUCCUUUUCCCAGCUCUCACUCCCUCUCGCUCAUUUACUGGUCGCCUCUUUUGGCUUUGUGGCGCACAAGUUGACUCAGAAUUGGCCGCCUGUCUCUGACACAAAAGCGAGGGAGGGUGAUUGGCUGAGAUCCAGCGGCGUAGAUCUUGAUGGAGAGACAAAAACAUCAGCCGCCAAAGCUCGAAGAGGAGAUACUGGAUUUCUACAUCUCACUCUGACUCCACGGAGACAGAUUUUUGAGCAGCUGUCGUGUUUUGACGUCUCUGCAGGAAUGCACGAGGAAUUCACGGCGAAAGCAAAGUUUCCAGAGAGAUAGAAAGUAAUUGUCUUGUAAUAAUGCGUCUUCUUAAACAAAUCCCACAGCAGUCAGAUGUCUCACAGGUCAGAGCUGCCUUCAGGGGAACUUCCUUGCCAGUCGUGGUAAUCCCUUCAGAAUUAACAAAGAGCAAGACGGUACAACGUCACGACGGUUACCGCAAUCACGCCAACAAAAGGCUCAAUCAGGGUUAAGUAGCAGUAAUGUCUGCCUUUGUAUUAGGCAUCACCUUAAAACAACACUCAGUGUUGAGCCGCAGCCCACAGGCACAGAGUCCUGUUACGUCUUGUUCUCACAGCUCUGGCUGGAGCGCGUCAGUCAGGACCCCGAGGCUCCUCUGAAAGGCGACAGAGUUUAAAAACCCAAAUCCAUCCUGUGAUCGCUGCAAUAACAAGAGCCAACGCUUCGAGUGUGAAAGUUACGUUUUUAAAGUUAAAGUUAGAGCGGCAUUUUUACCAGAAAGACAUCGUACGGUGGCCGAGAACCGCCAAUGCUGCAAAUGAAAAAAGAGUGCAGAAAAAAAGUCAUGACAGAUGUUACCAAUGCAAAAAAAAAAAGAAAACUGAAGUGCACAGCAAAUAAAACAAGAAACGGUGCAGAUUAAAAAAAAAAGCCACAACGGAAGUUAAUGACGCAAAAAAAACAAAAAGUGGUGAUGCAAAAAAAAAAAGAAAAGAAAAGGUAGUUAGUGCGAAAAUAAAAGGAUGUAAAUAAAAAAAGAAUGCAAAAAAAGAAGCCACAACAGAAGUUAAUGAUGCGGAAAACAAACAAAAAAAAGUGUUGAGGCAGAAAAAAAAAAGUUACCCACUGCAGAAAUAAAAGGAUGCAAAUAAAAAAGAAUGCAAAAAAAAAGAAGUCCCAACGGAUGUUACUGAUGCAAAAUAACAAACAAAAAAAAGAAACGGUGCAGAUAAUGACGCAAAUAAAAAAACAUAGCGAUGCAGGAAAAAAAAAUACUGUCUGCGAAAAUAAAAGGAUGCAAAUAAAAAAGGAGCCACAACGGAUGUUAACGAUGCAAAAAAGUCAUGAUGCAAAAAAAAAAAAAGUUACUUAGUGUGAAAAUAAAAAGAUGCAAAUAAAAAAAGACUGACUAGUUCGUAAAACACCGGUGCAUCAUCAUUAUUGGUCCCCUGCAGCUCUCUUUCAUUUUGGCGUUUUUUAUUUGCAUUCUUUUAUUUUCGCAGAAAGUAACUUUUUUUUUUCCAUCGCCACUUUUUUUUGUGUCGUUAACUCCUGUUGUGACUUCUUUUUUUUUUGCAUUCUUUUGUUAUACGCAGCAGUGGCAGUUCUCGGCCACCGUAACAUCGUCACAGGAUAAAACGGCCUGCAGAGAGAGAUAAAAUUUAAUGCUGCAGGUUCGUCGUCUGAUCGGCAGCCUCAUGCUUCAGUACAGUCAGGGUUCAUCUGGACCAGCAGAACCUCUAGUUUUAAAGAAAACAGGCGAAGAAAGGUCGGACUCUGGUGCUGAUUCACGGCGUUUAACACGAAGGCGUCUGAUUCUGGCAGCUCGUCUUUUUACGUGUUUCCACAUCAGCGUGAAUCAACACCCCCGUUUCCUCUUUGUCACACAGUCCCAACGAUCCUCUCAGUUAGAGAUAAUGAUGUGCGCGCUCACUGAGCUUUGACCUUUGGCCUCGCUGGUCUCUGCUCUCAGGUCAGCCCAGGUUUAUUGGACCGUGGAGUCCUGAGUGCAGGCAGAGGUAGUUUCAGAAUCAGAAUCAGAAAUAAUCACAUUUCUCUGUAAAACAUCCCGAGUCUGUGUUUUUGUGUUUCUGAUGAUGUCCUGAUUCAAAGUAAAAACCUUCGCAGCCUUUCGACUUGAUUUCCGUUUUCUUUCUCCUUCACUCGGAGGUUGUAACGGCGGGAAUUAAUGAAGACACGCCGUGUUGUUUUCAUGAGACUUCCUUCAAGCCUGCAGACCAUUUACGGCAGGAAAUGGUGGAUUUGUGCAUCCUCUGUCUGACAAAUAAAAACACACUCCUCCUCCUCCUCCUCCUCCUCCUCCUCCUCCUCGUUGUUGUUGUUGUUGUGUAAACCUCGCUUUGGUCUCAUCGGAUAAGAGGUGCCGUUAAUGAAACAUGCAGCUCUCAGGGAAAACGCCACAGCGGUGAGACGGUUUCAAUUAGUGGCGAGUUACGGGAACAGUAAAGUGGAGCAGAUUGAUCUCCCGCUGGUUUGAGGUUUAGUCAGGAGCUUCAUCAUCACAGACGUCUUCAUCAGUUUACUGCCUGUUUGACCUUUUCUCUCUCCUCUCUCCUCUCACAGGGACCCACCACCUCUUCCCCACCUUCCACACACCCAUCCCGAUCGACAUGAGACACCACGAGGGGCGGUACCAUUACGAGCCGCACCCACUUCAUGCCAUGCAUGGGUAAGGAUGGUCAUCUGUUAAUAUGAAAGAAGUUAUCAAUAAGUAAAGCACAUUCUCUUGUCGUGGAAUCGAGGAGAUCCCAAACUCUUACCGUCCAUUUGAUCGUUCUGCGGAUCAGAACUGAACUGGGCAAAAAAGCAUUUUUUAGUUUUGCUGCCACUUCAUCGUGGAAUACUCUCCAGACUGACCCACAAUUUGGGCGCCACAGCCGAGAAAGCUCGGCCGCCGACUAGUUUUAGUGACGAGGAGUUGGAGCUGAUGAGCAGACCUCAGGGAACAUCUAAGAGGUCAGAGAUGUUCUGUGGCGCUGAUCCGUGUAAAGAUUUUAAAACAAACAUUAAAAUUUGAAAAUGAAUUCUAAGAUGAACGGGAAACCAGCGGAGGGACGCCAGAAAUCAUAGUGAUGUGGUCAUGUUUUCGUUUACGUGUUAAAAGACGAGCAGCAGCGUUUUGGACGAACUGUAAGCGUGUGAGAGAAACCGGAUUAACACCGACGUAAAGAACGUUACAGUCGACCAACCGAAAGAUAAAACCGAUUUAAUCUUAAAUAAAAGCCUCAGAUGAUAAAAACUGGAUAAAAUUCUUGGAUAAAGUUGGUCCUGACUGAAAAUUAAAAACGUUUCUAUCUGAUCUAUGAGGAUUUUUGCGUCUUGAAAUUGCAGAACUUUUGCAGCGAAUUAAACUGACGGGCAAAGGUGGGAUGUUGCUUUCAGCUCUGCCUCUUUUCUCACAGUCCUAUCUCUCUUCUCUCUUUUAGGAUGGACAAACUUUAGAUUUGAAAGAAGUCCUGUUGAAUUAAAUACUUUUUAAUAAACCCGUGUCUGUUUUGAGUGUUUUGCUCUUCUUGGUUGUAAAUCUUGUAUCCUGACCCGACCUACAAAGAUCCUGAUUUAUUUUCGGACUGUGGCGUUACCUUAAAGGUCCGUCUGUUUGUCCUAACGCUCUUCUUAUCUGAAAUAUUCAAAUCCAGGAAAGAAACCCUGCAGGAGGAAGAUCAAUAGAGGUUUUGUGGGAACUCUGCUGUUCCAUUGAAAUUCAGCGAGAUCAGGUGAUACAUAGAGGAGGCAGAGCUAUUCAUCAACCGCGAGAGCGAGGGAGAGGAGGUGAAGAAGUGUGGCCGUGGACCGGGUUUGUUCUGAUUAAUGUGAUGAGACUCUGACAGAGCGCUCCGACUAAUUCAUCAACACCUUGAUGUCGCCGUCUCUCCUCUGCACGCGACAAACUCGCCUAAUUACGGCGUGCCGUCCCGGCGAAAUGGAGCAGGGUGUGAGUGUCGGUGCAGCGUGCUGGAUGGCAGCGCUUUGAGGGAUUGUAGGAACUUCAUAUGCAGAGCUCUUUAUCACCGUGUUUUUACACAAUAGUGGCUGCAGGUCAGGAUGCGUUUGGAGUUUCUGCAGAACUUGUACUUUUGUUAUCCGCCGCGCUUUUCGGCUGGUGACGCCAGAGGAGUGUUUGGUGACAAAGUGGGUCAAUGCAAACAAAUUGACGCACUUUUGCAACCUCUGUUUCUCACCACUGAGCUCAAGUAGAGCCCGUUCUUGACGUUUUUACACUAUCUGUCGUGUUUUUGAGGAAUGUUAAGGUGAUGUUUCUGCAGAAGAGUCAGAUCAGCGUCUGUGUUUAGAAGGACGCUGCAGCUGCUGUCACAAAAUAGAGAAAUGGUCGUGAAACCUUGUUGUGAUUGGUCAGAUAUCACUAUGCCUAUAAGCGAAGUCAUGGCACUAAUUCAUGGCCGUGUGACAAAAAGGUUGGUCGUAAAGUGGGACAAACUUGGGCAGCAAAAAUAAAACCCUGAUUUAUUUUUCUGAAUAUUUUUUAUUCAGUGACGACUUCACCAAACUUCACUUUAAUAAUAAAAAGAUUUUCUACCAUCGAAUACGAAUUUCGCGGCAGAUUACAGACAGUGGUAAUCACAAGAACCUGCGGAUUCACGUGCAAUCACGGAAAGAAGUCGGUGUAAAUUGACACGUUAACUUGAAUGUUUACGAUCAGCUACGAUCGGAGGAGACGACCUUUUAGGAGACGAUCAGGAUGAAGGUGGAGGUUGGGGUAAAACAGAGCAGGUAUGAUGCUGGUGAAAUCAGACACAGCGUAGAAAGGUGGAGCUGGGUGGAGGCGGGUUGGGGUAACUGGAUGAGCUGUCAGGAUCGGGAUCUUUGCGGCCUGCCUGGACUAACACUUUGCCCAGUCUCUUCUGUAAUCUGUUUAUUUUCUGCUUAGUUUCACUUUUGUCCGAUGACCUCGUCAUCAGAGCAGACUUAUCCGGGGAAGUUUGUCGGGGUCGUUCUGCAGGUGAUGACGCCUGUUUUCAAGGUGAAGUCUUCAAGCUGCACUCCAACUUCUCUGCCCUCCUGUCUGACCAACAAGUCCGAAUUUGCCUGUACGGCAUUUUCCCUACUGGGCUCAGGGUGGGAUGAAUUAUGAUGUGACACACUCCCUUCUGUACUUCUGGGCAGCCACGGCGAUCAAGAUAAAUCACCACGCUGCCCCACAUGGGACACGCUCAGAUCCUGCCUCGGUUGUUUUUGGGGCCCUGAUCAGGAUGCGGAGGAUUUGGACACAACUUGAUACUGUACUCCCUGAGAAACCGGGUCUGUGUGCAGAGGAGGGGCCCGGUGGAGCUGUGUCAGACGACGGGAUAAUACACUUAAAUGAGACGGGAUUACAGCGAGGGUAAUUAUCCAUUAUUCUGCUCCCUGCCUGUCACAUACCAUUUAGUCUUUUUUGAGCGCAGGAACGUUUGGAAGGGGCCGUGUGAUAAACCGUGACAGUCUGAGGCUAUUGAUUUGCAACUCUGCAGCCCAGUGAUGGAUGGGUCCCUUGUCUUUUCAGCAGCACAUUCCUGGCUGUAACUCAGGGGAGCAUCCAAAUUCAGACUUCAGCCGUGACGCUGAGCCGAGCCGGAGCCAACGUAAGAUAACAACAUGUCAGUCAAAACCGCCGACAACCAAUCGUCAGGCUCGAACAUCGGCUCCUUUUACCUCCGACCCUUUCCUCCCGUUUUAACCAGACCAACACAAUGAAGGCAAAAAACAACAUCGACCCAAAUGGCUGAUGGGUAAACUGUAUUUAAUCAACACAUUCCACGCAGAGGGGGAGACCACAUCUGUUUGUGCAGAGGGGCGGUGCACGCCACAGCUCUGCCACACAAAAACCUUGGGCAUACUUCAACUUUUCAGUGCUGCAAUUUGCCCCCCGACUGCUUCCCAAAAAGCCUAAAUACAGGCUGUGGAAUGAGCGGGGGAUCUGUUUUUCUCAUCCGCUGCGUUGUCGUUGAGGUUCUGGGAACGGAAGGCUGGAUUUCGGAUGCUAAUUACCCGGUCGAACAUGCUGGCACAAGUGGCAGGCUUUGCUGGGUUGUGGGUUUGAGGAGAGGAAGAUGCCCGACUCCACAACAUGCAGCAACAUCCAGUCCUACUGUAAUCCCACAGGGACUCGUCGUCAUAAUGUCUUCCAGAGACAGUUGGAAUAUGACAUGUUUCCUCUGUCAGGAAUGUGAAGUUCGUGAAAGGCAGAGAGACCACAGCCGGAAGAUUACUACUUUGAAAUCCUCAAACAAGCGUUCAGAAAAGUGCUGAGAGACGCCGUGUGCAGCUCGCCGUCUUCGCUGUGACUCUGCAACACUCAGCAGGUCGUUUUAAAGAGAUUCACAUGAGCUGGGAGGGCGUUAUUUACAACCACCUGUGUGUGUGAACGCCAACACGAGGGUCAUAAUCAAGGAGUUAUGCUGCGUUCGAGUUUCCUCGGAGGUCAGGAGUCCGAGCUGAAAAUGACGUCACACCCGAGUAGAAUCGGAGGCAGAAACAAGAUGGCUACAUCUACGGAAGUUAUUUUAGAGCUUGCCUUGUCCGAAUAUAAGGCAAGUGCUAAACACACACAAGUGUAAACAAACAUGGCGUUUGCAAAAUAGGGGGGUUAUAUCGUGGUUAAAUAGGACAAGAGCGAGUCAGUCGUGUUGAAUUGGUACGACUUCACAGUUUCAGAUGAAGAGUAAACCACUCCCCGCUGCAAAGUCUGUCUGAAGGCGGUAUCAACCCGUCACCAAGGAAACUAAUUCAGGAGUAAACGCUAAAGUUUUUUUUUUUUUUUUGAAAACGGGUCAGAGAGUGAAUAAAUCUGUAAACGACGACCAUUUCAUCUCCAUGUGGAUGUCUAUCUGCAUCUCUGGAAACGAUCAUGUGACACACAGAGUAACUCUUUUAUGGCGCCAAAACAACCUUUAUACACAUGCUUUGUACGCUACAGCGCCAUUUACUGGUUUGGCAUAUGAACUACAUCGUUUUCAGUGGGUUUUUUUGAGAAAUUCCGAGUUUUCGGAGAAAAAUAUUUGAAUUUUAUUUUUAGCCAAUCCUGAAAGUUUGUUAGUAAACUGCCCAGUCCAGUUUAAUAAUAAUACCUUUAUUUUUAUAGCACUUUUAAAAACAGAAGUUUACAAAGUGACAAACAGUCGAGAAGCACAUGGAGAUAAAAAAAACAUAUAAAAACAAAAGCUCAGUUAAAAACAAGACCUCCAAUCGACAAUACAAGAACCCUACAACAUAAAAUGAGACCAUGAGGACCGAAAUAAAAACAACAAAAUAAUUAAAAAGGGGGGUAGAAAACAGGAAACAGUAUGGUAAAUAUAAAAAGACGAUAUUAAUAAUGAUAAUAAAAUUAGAACAAAAUAAAAGUUAGAUAAGAAAAGGUUAUAAGUAAAAACAAAGGCUAAAAGGACAGAAAGUCGAAGUUAGAUAAAGAGAAAAGACGUUAAAUUAUCUAAACUUAACUUUGCAUGUAAACAAACUGACAUUCACUCUUCUGUAUGAUCAAAACUGGACCACAAACAAAAGCUGAAAAUGUGACUGAAACUCCGGGACAUUUAACCAGGUCAUCUUUUUAUAAACAAGUGUUCAUGUCUGAUGUCUAAUUUCAGCCGUUUGAUUCUUUGUUUGUUGGAUCGUGUUUCCACAGUCACUCAUGUCUUUAGAUCGGCACCGAUCGUGCCCCUACCGUGAGUCUGAUGUACACGCACUCUGGUAUGCACUUACUCAGACUUACUCAUCCUCUAGACAAGCUGUACCAUGUCCAAAAUCACUUUUUCUCACCGCAGAGUUUUAACAAUGGAACAACAGAGAGCGUGUAAUCACACAGUACAGAACACACAGACAAACAGCAAUUACCUCCUUCAAAAAUAUGUCAUCUACUGACUCACAGCGGCUUCAGAUCCAUCCCUGUACCCCUGUUUCUCCUUAACUACCAUCUUUGCCGCUUUCCUAAAGGAUCCAGAUUUUGAACGUCACGCGGCGGUCCGAGGCAGCCACCCAAAGUGCUCAGGUAUGAUGGAGGUGUCUUUAAAUGGCAGGCGCUGAUUCAGAGAGCUCUCAGGCCUCCAGGAGCUUCCUAUUCAGCCUCUGCGAGUGAAAGAAAACACACAGACUUCAAGUAACAUCUUGUCAGGAGGAGGGUGGAUCGACAAGGCUUCAAUAAUGGUACCUGCCAGACGGGACUGUUAUUUGCAGCCUCCUGACAGGCAACGGCAGUAAAUUUCAGCGUAUUAUCAGGGACUCCUAUACACUUUUAAGCUGCUUGAGUGAUUUACUGCAGCUACAGUGAUGUGCGCCGACACGCUGGCUUGUUAUUGGCCAAGAAACAAAUAACUAUCCUUUAUGGAUAGAGACACACCCGGCGCUAUGGGCGGGCUUUAGUGGGGCCAGGUAAGCCACGGUUAACCUCUGUGCCCCCCAGGCUGAGUCAAACCUCCUGGAGUUUCUGCCAGAUAAUAAUUAACACAAUUUGUUUUAAUCAGGAGCAGAAGGAGCAUCAUAGAGACCCGAGGAUGUCAAAUUAGGAGAGCUUACAGCCCAGUCAGGCAGUUAGUCACCCAGUCAGCUGGUUUCUUCAGACUCUCAUCCUGGUUUAUUCUCAGUUUGUUGUGUGCAAACAGAAAAACUGCAGGAAUGAAACUCACUUCAUCUUUUUAUAUAAAUUGUGGCCCUAGAUCUGUGAGGGAACAUCUGCAGCUAAAUUUGGCUGAAAGAAUCCAUUUACAUCAUCUUAUAUUCAGUCAGAGUAAGGGCCUGUGUACACUGAGAGCUUCCACUACAGGCAGCGAACACAACCGAACUUUCACCACCCGUCCAAUCGUCUCUUGUCGUUGGUAGUCCAGUUUAAAGAACCAAAAGAAGGUCCACAGGCCAGAGAGAAUCCAUCGAAUAUAUAAACCUACACUUUGGGAUGAAGUUUGAUAGUUUGGUAGAGUAACCCCCAAUUUCCACCUUCAUCAUAAUCGUCUCCUAAAAGGUCGUAUCCUCCGAUCGUAGCUGAUCGUAACCAUUGAAGUUAACGUGUCAAUUUACACCGACUUCUUUCCGUUCCUCUGCGGAUCGCCGGACUCCUCAGCUGAUCACAAGAGUUCUAUUUUUUCUGGACGCCGGAGCAUGGCGGAUAAAUUCAGCACAGAUUAACCCGUGCUGGAAAGGAAGUCGGGCACAGACACAAAAUAAAACAUCCGGCUUAUUUUCAAAAUAAAACACUCCGUGUUUCAGGAGGAUCGUAUUUCACACCAUGCAAACGGGCGGAGACGAACAAGUGAAAGGUUUUUAGACGUCAUUUCACCCCGAUGACACCAUGGAUGAGGAGAUGCUGAUUCUAGAAGUCUAGAAGUAGAUUUCCUCCUCUGGAAGGACACAAUCUACUGCUUAUAUGUCUAUGUGUCUGUCUUUAGAGAGACAACUCGUUAUCGCACGAUUGAACGUGAAUCUGUUCCGGAUUUGAGCUGGUCCAGAUGUGGUGGAAAUCCCGGGUAAGGGCCUGUGUACACUAACUGCUCUGCUCACAGCCUUAAAUUCCCUGCCCUCCUCAUGAACUCUCACGUAUGCUAGUUCAAGUUAAAGUACUAAAUAAAGGUGCAGGGACCUAAAGGGUUUCAGACUCGUAUGAUCUUGUGAUUGGGGGCAUAUUUGGCUAAAGUAAGGGCCUGUUUCCACUGACAGGACCUGUUUCCACUGAUGCUACGUCACAAACGCCGUCUCAUGGCAUCUCCUCGACCCUGUUGUCUGUUUUCAGGUGUUUUCAAACUCUCUCCAUUCAGAAAACUUUAAACAUUUCAUCAGGAAUAAAAGCCGAAUACUUGAACUCGAAGGUUGACGUUCGUGUGACGAUGUCUGAUAAGAACUGGAGCGCUCCUCGGUGCCAGCUUACCCAGGUAGUCCAUCAGUAAAAACAGCCUGACACUAAUUUGAGUCAGCGCUGCCAAACUCCGCGUCCAGCGCUCAGAGGCAGGCGGAGGGAAGCGUGUUUUUGUGUAUGGAGCGUCUGUUUCUUCUCACUUCUCCCCUCCUGUCCAGAACAGAGAGCUCUUUAUGGCUGUUUGUAGGGGAAGAGACGGCAGAAAGUUGGCCCGCAGACAAGGCCGGCAGUCUGCAGGCCCUUACUGGAAAUGGAGCGAGGGCCGAGGCUCUGGGUUGGUUGGCUCGGUCCGAGCUGGGCAGGGCCGGGCCCGGGUGCAGGUUGGCGUCCGCACAGAGAUGGUGAAUGAGAGACUGAGCGGGGGGAAACUCUGGAGGGAGAGGUUCUGCCAAGCAUGCAGGCGAGACCUCAGGCCGGGCUUUCACAGCCUCAGCCAGAAAAUACAACCUGCAGCAGUCACGCUCACUUCAUCAGAGUCCAAUCAUUUUACACCCUCAGCUGAAUUUUCUUUUCUAAUGUAAACUGAAACAGAAGAAUCUCAAUAUUUCAACGUUUUCUUGAUCAGGAUCCACAUUCUUCUGAUCUUCUGUUGGUCGGUGUUUGGAUUUUCUUUCAGUCCGCCGAAGGAUCCAUCAAUCAAACUUAGAUUAUACACACAAGGAAAGGUUUCAUGUAGGCAACAGAACGGACUCAUGCAAGGCAACUGUAAAGCAAAUUUAGUUCAUAUCCAGAGAUGUGAAGUCUACUUAACAAUAAACUGAGGAGAAAAAAUGCAAUUCAGGGCUUAUUUUUGGCAGAAAAUAUCUUGAAUUGAGGAAUUUUUCUGGACUUGUCAGGUUUAAAUCAAAACUAAAAACACCUCCUUCACCAGAAAUCAGACUAAACACUUUCUAAGAUUUGAGUUAUUGCUGAAAAAAGCAGAAUUUAAAAACAAAAAACGAAAUGAAACAAAGUCCUGAUUUUAAGAUUUACGUUGAAAUGCUCCCUUCCUCAUCUCUCCUGUUGCUGAUGCAACGGUGGCCCUCAAGGACAAAAACCCUCUGUGAUACAUGAUGAGUACGAUCUUCUGCUUCAUCUGCUUCAUCUGUGUGGUCAUCUUGCAGCUGCAGCAUGUUGCACACUCCCUAAACACACAUCAAACUAGUUAGAAACAUGGCGGUGCAAUAUGGCGGCCUCUAUUUCUAUCACGUCUGCUGAGCUAAAAACCACUGAAAUCUGUGCACUGUACCUUUAAAUCUGUGGAUAAACAUGCAAGAAGUUUACAGAUGUGAGUGUUAACUAAGAUAAAAAGUGUUCAAUAAUAAAAUAAUUUUUAAAAAAUGUAAAAUUUAAGAGAAAACUGUUUUAAAAAAAGUCAGUUUGGUGAGGGUAGAGGCACACAGGCCUGUCCUUACACCCUGUUAUCUCUCUCUCUCUCUCUCUCUCUCUCACACACACACACACACACACACACACACACACACGCUGUUUACUCAGCAUGCAGUCAGCUCUGCCAAGAAUCAAACCGCACAUAUAAACACUGGUGUGUUCACAGCAGCCGAGGAGCAGCUCCGAAGUUUGUUGGUGAAAAGAAAACGUCUCUGAUUUGUUUGUGAUGUUUCUGUUUUUCGAUCAAGCGUCGUUGUGGUCACGUUAACGGGGUCGUCAUUCCUGAUCAUGUUUGGUUUAAGAUUCUGCAGAUGGACUUUUCUCGUCAUGUUCGUCUGUUUGUCAGUCAAUCAAUUCAUUCAGUAAUCAAUUAGGAACAAAUUGAAAGUAAGACAUGCGUUUCUCACGUCCUCCUUUUUGCAGAAAAAUAUCACUUCAUUAAUAUCCUGAGGUCAAAGUGCAUGCAGUGGUCAGGUUACGCCAUGAUUGCCCUUAAGGUGGCGGCCCUGAUUUGUACACUGAAGAUGCACAUUGCAGGAGGCGGGUUUGUAGAGGAGCAGCAGAUGUAGGCAGUAUGAAGAAGUGCUGUUGGCUCAGCUUCACUUGUGGCCUGCCUGAACUAGCACCAAAAAGGUUGGGAAUCUUUCCAUCUCGCAGAUAGUGAACUUCAUCAUCGCCGUCUUCGCUCAGCGACUUGUUGGGACAUUGUCUUAGAUAUGCUGAGGUGUCAAACGUUGAGUCUUUCUAGAGUCUUCUUAAGUCAUCCUUUCUCAGGUUUUGAGACUGUAUUCUUCAAACUGAACAGGGUCUACAUAAGUCCUGGUGUCCCCUCAGAAGCUCGUGCCACAGUACACUGUUUGUAUCUGGAGCCGGGGCCCUCUGGGUUUUUGAGAAUUACACACCCGCAUGUCUGUGUUUCUACAAGAGGAGCUGCCAAUUACCUGCCGGGGAUGACAAAUUUACUGCUCAGCUUGAUGUGACCACCAGACGAGCUCCUCUCUGAGCUCUCUUAUCACACACACCUGAGUAAUACCUGAGCUGAGGGACCCUGGAGCUCACCCACCCCAACAGAGAUCCUCCUCCUCCUGGUCGCCUCGCCAUGGAGCGUCCUCGGUCUGGACUUGUCUGCAGCUCCAGGGUUUAAUAGGUGAAGGUGAACAAAAGGGGAUUAUUAUGUAUUAGCUGCUGAACUGUGGAGGAGAAAGGGUGUAAGUGGAUCACAGACACAUUAGUGGGACAACAGACGUUAAGGCUUGUCUGUGAACAUACCGAUGAAGAUCACUCAGGAUGAUAACAGAGCAGGAUGCAGGCAAUCAAACCGACACAGAUGGGCUCCUCCACUGGUCUUUCCUGAUCACCCUCAUCCUCCAUCCUUUCUUCUUCCUUUUUUCACAUUAUUGUUGAGAUUAUUUCUGUCUCUCCACAGACCUCCAGGACUGACAGGCAGCCCCGUCAUCUCAGACAUUUCCCUGAUCCGUCUGUCGCCCCACGCAGCGCCCGGGACAGGCGAAUCCCCGUUCAGCCCUCCACAUCCGUACGUCAGCCCCCACAUGGAGCACUACCUCCGCUCGGUCCACAGCAGUCCCACCCUCUCCAUGAUCUCAGCGGCCCGAGGACUGAGUCCCGCUGAAGGUAAGACUGACACCUCAGACCAGAUUUAGUUCAGCUUUGUUAAAUAUUAAAGAAUAAGUUAAACUCAACGAUGUUCCAUUCCUACUUCUAAACAGCUGCUGAGAUUGACCUGUGCUCACACAGAGGCCUAAUGCAUGUCCCUAAAAAUAAAACAGGCACAUAUGUUCAUCCAUAAACACUCUCAUACCUGUUCGCUUAGGUUAUGAUCACCAUCAGGCAUUUGCAAAGUGGAAACUCUCAGCUCUGGCCGGCUAAUGAUGUGUGUAAAGUACACAAUAUGAUGAAUAAACUGUGAUGUGGAAUAUUUCGCAGCUGCUCUCACCGGUUAGCUGAAAGGAUGUGAGAUUUGAGUCGAGCAGGUUGAGGAUUUAUGUUUCCUGCUCACUAUAAACCAACUCUGUCUGCUUGGCUGCAGCUCACUGGACUCACACUUCAGUUUACACAGCUGAUUAUUUUACCGACGGUGAUAAUUACUCUUGCACUUUAUAUGUUCCCCUAUAUAAGGUACUAAAGCAGGCCUGUCAUCGGACAUGUUACAGUGUUUUUGCAUGUUAGUGCAGGCUGGUGGUUUGGAGGUAAACGCUCUGGAGUUGUAGUGCAGCUGUCCGGCAAACAGACUUAGCAGGAGGACCACGGACACUGUUACUGUUACCAUGGACACAGACAUGAUCCACUCAAUAUCAGACCUGUUACUGUUACCAUGGACACAGACUUCAGACCUGUUACUGUUACCAUGGACACAACUUGAUUCACUCAGUAUCAGACUAGUUAGUGUUACCCUGGACACGGACAUCAUUCAGCCAAUAACAGACCUGUUACUGUUACCAUGGACACAGACUUGAUUUACUAUAUAUCAGAACUGUGAGUGUUACCACGGAUACAGACAUGAUUCACUCAAUAUCAGACCCGUUAGCGUUACCAUGGACACGGACAUGAUUCACCUGAUAUCAGACCUGUUAGCGUUACCAUGGACACUGACAUGAUUCACUCAAUAUCAGACCCGUUAGCGUUACCAUAGACACUGACAUGAUUCACUCAAUAUCAGACCUGUUAGCGUUACCAUGGACACAGACAUGAUUCACCUGAUAUCAGACCUGUCACUGUUAAGCAGAGGUGAGGAGCCACAGGCCCGCUCUCACCACACAAUGCCUUCCUGCCUCUCAGUAGAAGCAGCGCUGCAGAGAUGCUGGCGUUGAUAAAGUAGCAGGGAAGUCUGGCACCAAAUAAACAGCUGCAGCUCUGCAGAACAUAAAUAAAUCUAUGUGAGCAGCCGAGCAUGUGUAAACUUCUCACAGGGAUACCUGAGUGUAAGGCAUGUGUUAAAGACUGUUUUCUGAACCUGAAUAAAUAAUCAUGAUGAUCAAACUCAAACAGGGUUGUCAUUGUGCACAGACUCUUCCUGCAGGAUUUCUUUAUCAAAUAAAUGAAUCACUCACUCAUACAAGUCCUUGGUGCUUUUGACAUAAAACUAGGUGAUAUGUUUGGGAAUUUUCACCUGAUUUUAUUAAAAUAAAGUCUUUGUGUGGUUGUCGUGGAUCUGCUCUUUCUCAUCCUCCUGCAGUCAGAAGUGAGAUCACACAUGCACAAACACUCAGAUGCAAAAUGCUGCUCUGUGGAGGUGGUAACGUGAUCUGGCAGCCGUGAACAAACCAAAAGAAUAUCCCUGAGUCGCUGCUGCUGGAGCACAAACACGCCGCCUGUGCUCUGUUACUGCAGCCGUGGCCUAAUCGGUUCUGAUAGAUCCUCCGUUUGUGUGUGUGUGUGCAACUGCAGGAUGGAGUUUCGCUCCCCAAAUGUCCAACUUUGCACAAACCUCCUCCCCACCCCCACUCUCCCCUCUGUUCCCAUUACUGUGUAUAAUAAUAAUCCCACAGACCGAAGAGGGGGGGGCAGGAAACGGAGGGAAAUGGACGCAGACACAGUUAGAUUUUAUGAAAGACGAUCUAUCCGGCCCUCUCAUUCCUCCUGACACUUUUCAACGAGGCUUUACCGGCUGCAGGUGUGAACUCACUUCACGUCAUUAUUACCUUUACACAUGCAGUACUUAAAACCUUCUCAGCAUUAGACAUGUGUGCAUGUGUGUGUGUGUGUGUGUGUGUUUGUGCACCUGCCCUCUUUGUAUGUCUUCAGCCUGUCAAACCAACUGCACACACAACACCAGAGCUCUGCAGGAAUGUGGUUUUCCUUUUCUCUGCAGCCCCCCUCCCCUGCCCCGCUCCAUCCUCCCUCCUCUGCUUCCUUUACUCCCUGGAGAUAUUUCCCCCCCCAACCCAGCAAGCCUCAAAGACAUCAGACAUCUUUUAUCAAACGCCUCGUGCCCCGGGGCAUGCAUGCAGGCACGCACCAAUCUCCAAAUCUGUAAAGCAGAGCACUCGUCUUUGUCGAGUCCUUCUUACAACCUUUCCCUCCAUCCUCACAAUAAGAAGACGACAUCCAAAUGUGUAGUGCACGUUUAAUUUGACCAUGAAGACUUACAAAUAAACCCUUUUGAAAGCUGACACUGAGGUUGUUUUUCUGCCCCCUCUUCCCUGCAGUGACCCACGAGCACCUGAAGGACCGUGCCCUCUUCAGCCUCCCCCCUCCACCGCCAGGAGCCAACCCCACAGAGUACUACCACCUGAUGGCCAGCGCCAGCCAGAGGAGUCCCUACGGCGACCUCCUGAUGCAGAGCGGAGCAGCGGCGGCGGCGGCAGCUGCUGCUGCUGCAGCUGCAGCUCAUCUGCCAGAUUACAUCAGCCCUGUGGAUGGUGAGGAGGAUUCGUCUUAUUCUGCUUUUUAAGGGAAAUAGAUCCGGAGGUCAUUUAACCUCACUUACACACUUGAAGGCCGGAGAUAAAUCGCUGUGUAGCCGUGCGUUCUUGCACAUGUGCUGCUGCAAAACGGACUUAACUGUGAAUAUCCCUGACUGUGCGUGACACAUGUUACUGGAGCAGAGGUCAUAUUUAACUACAGCAUGUGUGAGAUGUGAAUGAAAGAAAACACUCGAGGAGGCCACUCUGAAAACUGAAAUCAAAGCAGAGAUAGGUGCUGUUUUAGGCCUCUGCAUCAUCUUCUUAAAGGGAUAUUCUGGCGUUAAAUUAAUUUAGGGUCAAACACACCAUAACACCGAGUCAGACACCCCGACGAGAGAUGAAUGUUGCCGACCGCUUCCUGCUCUAGUUAUACCAACUUUAGUAACGACUGCAGGAUAGUAAUACAGAGCGGGGGUCUGAGGAGCGGGGUGCCGCAGCUCAAGGAAGAACAUUUAUGAUCAUUUCUUUAUCAUUUCCUUGAAGUAAUAAUCACCAUAUUAAUGAUUUUACAGAUGUGGUAGUUCUUCUGUCUUAGUGUCUCGGUCUGAUUGUAUUUCCAUGAAGAAAUGAUCAUAAAUGUUCUUCCUUGAGCUGCGGCACCCUGCUGUAGUCUGUAAUGGACUGGCCUGAGGUCUCUCUACAAACAAGCGUCUGCUGGAAGAGAGUAGGUGAGUUGUGUUUAGUCUCUUUGCUAAAGAAAACAGCAUCUUCUGUCUUCAUAAGUGAUUAACUCGCACACAUCAGUUCAUUUGCAUCUUUUUUGAAUGUUAAAGUUUCACUUAAUGCGUCGAUGGAGCAAAAAGCCUUUUUUUAAUGAAGAUUUACUUCAGCAGAACCUUCAGUUUCAAUCACUCCUGAAUUCAUUCAUCUGUGAUUUCUGAUAUUUUCUGCCAUCGCUCGUGUUUGAAACCUUUGCUGGUCUCCUGUCCUCCUCCAGUAAGUCGUCUGUUGUAUCUGAAUAAUUUACGGAUCAGCCUCUUAUAUUAAAAAAAAGGAACCAGAGAGACAGCGGGCUGUGGCCUUCGGAGCUUCGCAGAUACAGACAUUUUAUAACCUGGAGCCAGAUUUAUACGAGGGUCUGUAAAACAGAGGGCUUGUGAAAGUACCGACUCGACAUGUGGUGUAAUAUUUUGUUAAAAUGUCCAAAAUAGCGAAUCUCUAUCAAGGAAUACCAAAGCACACGCAUGUCUUUCAUCCCGGGUUCGAGACGAGGAGCCAAACUUAACAGCCGUGCCGCUCUUUGUUCUCAGCACCAGGCAUGUUGAUACCAUCCUCCUCCUCCUCUUCUUCUUCUUCUUCUUCUUCUUCUUCCUCUGGAGCUUUUUUCAUGGCAGAGUUCGCCACAUCAAAGCUGGAGGAGCUUUUUAGACUCGCACAUAGCAUGGGGGCCGCGGCGAGCCGGGGUUUAGGCCGCAUAAACACUAAAAGCCCCGAGGCCAGGAGAUCGUAAAAACACGUGUUACUCUGGAGUCUCUUAUUCUGACGGGGCUUCAGGUGAACUCUGAUUAGGAGUUACGCCCUUCAAAAUAAAAGCUCAGAUUACUGCUAAUGGAGGUAUUUUAGCUGUACGAAGUUGGAGGAGUGUGAGAACAACAAGGAUUCGAUGGCAGCAACACACACACACACACAGAUUCACAACAACUUUAACAGCCAGGCAAACAGGCUGCAAACGCUCACAAACUGGUACACGUGUUUGCACACAAACUCACAGAGACCAGCCUGUUCUUUCAUGGCGCUCCGAGCCCCGCCACCCUCUAUCAAGAUGACGGUCAGGCACCAGAACAGACGUUUGAUUUCAGCAUCCAAGAAACCUUCAGGCCUCAUGAAUGGGGAACAGAGAGCACACAGAGUGGAACAGUGUCCGUGAAAGUCAGCCUUUUCGAUGGCUGAUAAUCAAAUACUCACCCUGGCAGUGACGCCCGCUCCGCUCCUGGAGCCCACCCACCCUGAUUUAAAAAAAAAAACAAGUAAAGAAAACACUGAAACACUCCCCGCCGCUCUCACUGCCGCAGUGUCACGCUCUCCAAGGUCACUGCACGGCAUCCAGGAGGGUUUCUGAGCACACAGGUGGAAAAAAAAAAACCUUAAACUGAUAGGAUUACUUUUUAAAAAUGGACCUCAGUGCCGCAGAUCUCUAACCUCCAAUUUUCAACGUAUCUGGAACGGCAGCAAUUUUCGACGUCCGCCAAUUCCUACCGGAUCCUUUUUGAGGCGAAUUUCAUGGCAGAUUACGGACAGCAGGAUUUGCGAGAAUUCACAAGAACCCGUGGAUUUCCAUGCUAUUGCGCGAUAACAAGUUGUCUUUAGCCACAGAGGCUAACAAUAUAAGAGGUACCGCCUUUUCGUAGCCAUUCCGGAUAUGGUGGAAAUUGGCUGUACCUCCAAUUUCCAUCCAGAACGGCUACAAAAAAGCCGUAUCUGCCGAUCGUAGCUGAUCGUAACCAAUCAAGUUAAUUUUAUUUUUUUCUGGACGCCGGAGCAUGGCGGAUAAAGUCAGCACAGAUUAACCCGUGCUGGAAAGGAAGUCGGGCACAGACACAAAAUAAAACAUCCGGCUCCUUUUCAAAAUUCAAAAUCGUAUUUCACACCACGCAAAUGGGUGGAGACGAACAAGUGAAAGGUUUUUAGACGUCAUUUCACCCCGAUGACACCAUGGAUGAGGAGAUGCUGAUUCUAGAAGUCUAGAAGUAGAUUUCCUCCUCUGGAAGGACAUAAUCUACUGCUUAUAUGUCUAUGUGUCUGUCUUUAGAGAGACAACUCGUUAUCGCGGGAUUGAACGUGAAUCUGCGGGUUCUUGUGAGCUCUUGCAAUUACUGCUGUCUGAAGAAGAAUCUGGUAGGAAUUAGCGGCUGGCGUUCCAGAUCAGAGCCGAUCGGUCAAAACUGUUCAUAUUCAUGUUAUAAAACUCGAUACGAGAGCUAAUGAUGUAACAGACAGCUGAGGCCUCGGUCUUUUUACUCAGAAAUCGGAUCUUAACAUGGACUGACGUGGAUCAUCUUAAACUGGAAAGUGUAGGAACAAAUCCGGCUCAGUACCAACAUGGCUCCAAACGUCUGUAAUAAACAGCGGUCCAAUCACCUCUCAUGUCGUCUCUGCUUCAGUCAGCUGGUCGCUGAAAUGUGGCGUUGAGACUGCAGGACAAUAAAAACCUGCGAGACGGUUGAAAGCGAUAAAUUUACUGUAAUUACUGAAGCGGCUCGAGCCGAGUGAUAAAUCAGGAUUUAAACUUUCUUCUGUAAAGUGGCGUCCAAACGACAAAAAUGCUGUUGUAGGUGCGGGCAAAGUUCAAGGGUUAAUCUUUGUCAUGAUCUCAAUCACUUCAUCAUGGGUGAGGAGGGUGAGGAGGGUGAGGAGGGGGAAGAAGAAGAACGGCAGACCACCUCUUUCUCCUCCUCUACCUCCAACCACCUCAGUGACCGCCGUGUGCUGCCGUGCCCGCACUUGUUUGCUCAAACAGCCACAGCCCCCUCCUCACCCCGUCCUCCCCCACCGCCUGCUCCUCCACAGCCUCCACCCUCUCUGCCACCAUCCCAGCAGCUCCUAUUCAGCGUCUUAGUGGAGCUGGGAGUGAUGUGGUCAGCGUUCAGGCCGCUCUGCCAGUCUGGAGGCUCUUCCAUUGCGGCCGUCAGACACAGGGCCCGUAUUGACCGAGGCGGCCGGCUAAUGGUCAUGGCGGGCAGCCUCGGCCUGAAUCAAAAGCCUCAUUUACUGCCAGAGGAGGAGGAGCGGGCGAGGUGGCAAACAUGCGCUUCAUCCCAUGCCGUUAGUUUUGGAAGGCAGUGCAGAUAAACCUGUAUUAAAAAUCAAUUUAUGCACUAAUAUCCAGCAGACCCACCGCAAACCUGGAAGCCCUCAGUGAACCCUGAGUCAGGCUCCUCACACCGGCCUCCUCCCUCCUCCUGUUUUCUCUCUGCAGAGGUGAACUGCAUGGCUUACUGUUGAAGCAUGAAACACUGAACGCUGCUGUGAGGGAGUGUGCCGGUGGAAAAGACGUGAACUGGAGCGUCUGUGCAGGUUUCAGCGACGCAGGGUGAAACCUGGAGUCUGAUCCUCGAACUCAGGAACUGAAUAUAAGGAAUCAUUAAUCUGCUCAAACUCUUCAGCGUUAUAUCCGCUGACCUUAUACUCAACCCUUAAUGGACCUUUUACUGUUUAUGUCGAGGGAGAGUCGAGGAGUCAAACUGAAUUAAAACAACAAAAAUGAUUUAACCUUAAAGACACAAAUAUCAUUUUUAACAAGUUCAUAAGUCCGACAGUCCUCUUUUAUACUCAUUUGUGAUGACCUGAAAGUGCUCAGUGUCGUCACAAACCUGUCGAACCUCAAGUCCUUAUUUUACGACUCACUCAUCGUCUGAAAAAACCCUCCGUCUCAAACACGUCACUGAUGUAAACUUAGACAUACUUUUUACAGUUUUGUAGUCAUGCAACAACCUGGAAGGUUUGCUUUUACAGGAAACAGCGGUAUCUUUAAGCUAAGGCUGCAGCUGUCGAAUAUUUUAGUAAUCGAGUAUUCUACCAAAUAUUCCAUCGAUUAAAGGGAUAUUCUGGCGUAAAAUUAAUUUAGGGUCAAACCCACCGUAACACCGAGUUAGACCCCCCCUCAGAGAUGAAUGUUGCCGACUGUUUGCUUCUCUAGUAAAUCCCACAGGAUAUGUCUGGGUGUAAUUAUUAAUAGACGAGAGAAAAUAAGACAUUUAACUUAAUAAUGAAUUCAUGUUUUCCUUCAUUAGAAACGAAGAACGCAGAACAAGCGUGCGUUAGUGGAUUGUAAUGUUCGUUACAAUCCGCUUUCAUCAUGUCCUUAAAGACACGCAUAUCUGUAUAUGUCCUUUGUUACCUGCUUCGUCUACUAAACUGAUGAUGUUAGGCUACAAGCUAGCGUAAAGAGGAGCGUAAAGAGGAGCGUGCAGAGCAGCGCUGUCUCCGCCCACGACUCGGAGGUGAAUUACGAAUGAUCUACUGGAGCUCUGCAGAAGAAAAGUCCCUCUCAUCGUUCAUUUUUUUCACAGAACCGCGCUUACUCCUCCUUCUACCAUGGUGAUGUAAGCGUCACCUUGAAAAUAAUCUGUGCGAAAGAGUGACGAUUUGAGUUUAUAAACAAGAACUCCAGGCAGAGAAAAUUCCCCGAUCGUUUUUUGUAAUGGAGGCACUCAAGGAAUCAAAUGUGUCCUUUUGUCUGCUUGUCCACUUGGGUAAAGAUAAGAAAUGCUCCUGGGUGUUACUUUUUACACAGCUCUCCUUUUUCCUGUUAGCUUGUUUUUCUGAGUCUCUAUGAUCAGGUCCAGACUGAAGUAACAACAACUCAGACACCGGUCCAGGUUUGAAAGAUCAUGUGAAUAAAUCUACGUUAGAUAUCAGUCAGUUUAAAGACAUUCACGUUGGCUCUCCUCCAGGUCUGUCAGCGUAUAUAAAGUCAGAUUGUAUUUAGCGGGUCACAUUGGGGGUCUUUCAGAGGCGUGUUUGUUUGUUUGUGAGUGGGCGGGUGUGGAAGGGCUGGGUGGGCAGAGAAAUAUCAGAGCAGUUUGUUGGAAGAGGCUGAAGCUCCCACGACAAAAGCGGCGGCCAAAGUAAACGUCUGCCAUCCUGAGGAAAAAGAUCUCAGUGUUGGAGCAGCGAGGGGGAGGGGGCUGAUAGAUCUGUGUACUGAUGUGGUGGUGGGGGGGUGAGGGGUUCGAGCGGUCCCCUCAGACUGCAUACACAAACACUUAACUAUAUGUUUUUUCAUGAGCACAUGGGUAGAAGUGUGUGCAUAAACACACGGGCAAACACAACGGUGGCUUUAGGCCCGACACUGGGGGCUCAUAGAGGACUCGGCCCCCUCACUAAUAAAAUUCACAGUGUUAGCAUUAGUGAGAUUUAGCAGGGAAAAUAAACAUUUCCUCACCCGGCGAGGAGGAGGAGGAGGAGGAGAAGGAGGAGGAGGAGGGGGGACACUGGCUGAAGAUGGAGAGGGAUGGAGCACUGCUCCUGCUGCUGCUGCUCAGGCCCAAGUGUGGAGGGGGGUGCAGCUCCUCUUCCUCAUGGAGGCAAGGUCACAGUGGACAAGUUUCUGAGAAGUCUUGUCCAGUAAAGGCUGAAACAUACAGGAUGUGUAUUUGGAGCGUGGCAGCGGCGCCGUGUAUCACGCAGCAAAGCGUUCAGGACGCGUCUUGGCUCCGUCGCAGCAUCGCAUCGAGAGCAGCUCUGCUAAAGAUACGCGGCAAGUCUAUUUUUGAUGCUCUAUGCUUGCAACGCGGGUCAAUCCACACAGAGAAGAUCGUUCCAGACAGGAAGUCAAGCACAAAAACCGUGCAUGUCAUCCUGUAUUUCAAAAUAAAACACCACAUGUGAACUCCUGACUGUGUAUCAGUUGAGAAAUCCUUCCUGGUUCUGGAUUUAUCAGUAACACAGAACGAUCUGAUGGUCAAUCCCUGAUCCACUUGGACCCCAACAGGACUUUGACCUGCUAACUCUGUCUGAAGGGAACAUCAUAAAGGAACAGAGUUUACUUUAUUAAACACCAGGAAACCUGAACGUUUUACGUAUCCCGGUCUAGUCCAGUCGAGUCUAGUGAGUCCAUGUUCGGUUCAGGAUCCAGAGUAUCUGCAGAAAAGUCAGGCCUGAUAAUGACCCUCCAUGUGUUCGGGGUCAGGAUGACACUGAGAGCUGAAGCUGCUUCUGGGGAGGAUCAAACCCUCCAAUUACAGUGUUUUCAUUUUCCACAAAGAUUAAAACGGCACAGGCAGCCCAUUACUUUAUUUUUUUUUUGUCUUUACUGUAUCGACGGGCACCGAAGCCCCUGUAAUUACAACUCUCUAUAUAAAUCCAGAUCCCACAAUUACAACCAGCCUCCUGUGCAGACACACACACUCACAUACAUGUGCGCACAUUCGCACACAUGCCGUAUUACCACAUUUGCUGCGCCGCCACGGUCUGUGCAACAUCUGUUUUCUCACUCCCCGCCGGAACCUGCUCACCCUUUCAAUUAACCGCCGUCUAUAAAACACGCCUUUAGCGAGCGCUGAGAGGUGUGUGAGCACGUUAUGUGAAAUUUGUUCCAGGUAAGAUUGGGUUAGACUAGUUUUUGACGUGCAUUAAAACACCCGGUUAAGCAUCAUCCACUGAGCGUUUCAACAUCUAAUAUCGUCGACGGCGAGAGGCUUCGUCGCUGGAGGUGUAAUGAAUUCCUCGGCGUGGGGGUUGGUGUAGAGAUGUGGGGGUGGUUUGAAGUCAUGGAGGGCGUUUUUUUGGGCACAGGGCCCAGAAGGAGGCAGGCGCCAGCCUACCAGGCCACCAGGCAGCGGGGCCUGUUUCCUGCGUUAUAAAGGGGAAUAUUAAUUCACUUAUCUCUUUAAAUCUGUUGGCACGGCCAAGCGCUCACCUCCGAGAAAAACAACAAAUCCCAGCAGCUCUGUUGGAGUAGUGCGUGACUUUAAAGAACAGGGCGCCCCGUGGACUCGACUCCCUCCUUAGAAAAAAAAACCAAAGAUGAUGUUUCUCCACCAUCUCCACCUUCCAGGAGACUCCCUGCUGUUCUCGCCGACCUUUUCCCUCCCUUUCUGUCAUCUCUUCUUGCUUUUGAAGGCCCACAGCCGCCGUUGUCUGCGGUUCCCCGGGUCUUUUAACCAAGUGCAGAUGCCCCUGCUUUACGACUCGCCACCUCCAAACGUAAUAGUUUUGGAAGUACGAGCCGGUUUAUAGCUGCAGGUCUGGCCUGGUGAUUAUGGCGGUGCCUGGAUUCAUUUGGCUUCAGGGGUUUUGGGUUCCACCAGCAGAGACUCGGGGACUGGAGGCAUUUUGACAACAGCGGAGGUGACGUGCAGAAAACGUGUGUGUGUGUGUGUGUGUGUGUGUGUGUGUGUGUGUGUGUGUGUGUGUGUGUGUGUGUGUGUGUGUGUGUGUGUGUGUGUGUGAUGAAAGGCGCUGUGCACAUGCUUAGGUGACUGGUGAUGGGCCUAUUAUGAGUUUCCUGCCUCUCGCGCCUCUGAUGAUGUCUGUUGUAUGACCUAAUUACACAUGUGCACACACACACACACACACACACACACACACACACACACGGCGGCCCUGCUCUCCGUCCGCUCACACUGACAGGCUGCACCUGUUGGUCUCUACAAAGUGAUUCGUCUCUGUCUCUGCUGCUGCAGCACGAGUGAAGGUGGUAAAAAUAAUGACGGGCGGAGCGACUGUGAAGACACCGACUCGUCACUGCCUCCUCGAAGACUUUGACUUUAUCUUCUUGUUUUUGUGAAGUGACCACGUUUGGAGGGGAUUGUAACAGCUGAACAUGUUGGACACCUACAUCAGCUGAUCUGUGUUGUUUUUAUAUUAGACAUCAGUUUCAACAAUCACCUGAUUAAAUAAAGAGAAAGAGAGGAAAGAACAGACCAGAUCCUCCGUGAUUUUGCGGUGAAGUUGUGUCUAAUAUUCUAAGAUGCUGGUUUGUCGAAUUAGUCCAGUCCCUGCAGUCAGGACCACUUUCUGUCAAAUCAUUUUCAUGCCAUAGGUCAUAUUUCGGGACAGCUUUGUCUUACUACCAAUUUCCACCACAUCCGUAACGGCUCCGAUCCAGACUAGCUGCGAUUUUCAAUUUGUGAGGCAAAUUUCGUGGCGGAUUGAGCUGAGAUGUCCACCUCUUACUUGAAGCUGAUUUUCAACUAUAACUGCAGAACUGAAAGAUGCUGUCAGUAAAACAGACAAGUUAGAUAAAAUUCAGAUUCUGUUUGAGACCACAUGCACACAUGAUAAAUACCGUUUUUAUGUUUUCAUUUGGAUUGACCCCCUCUUACAGUUUGCCCCCUGUGGUCGCUCGAGGAACUGCAGUUCUCGGUCCAGCUGUUCCGGCAUUUUCCAUCUCCCUAGAUUUCCACUUUAAUGGAGCCACAUGCCUCAGCGAUCUAAAAUGAGUAAAAAGACGUAGAUGAUGGCCGUCACUUUGGGUUCAUGGGAAAGUGGUGUGUUUUCGUACUCCAAUAAGAAAACCGUGCAACAGUCAGGUCCAGCAGGAGGCCGUGAACCCUACCUUUGUGAGGCUGCCUUGUUCUUCUCUAAUGGUAUUCUCAGAUCAAUUUGGUUAAAUUGCCUCCAUUUAACUUUCCCGAGAACGGCGGUCUGAAAGAGAUUACUAUCGAGGUAAUUACUGAGAAUGAUUGGAGGCGAUUCAUUAUGCAUAAGAGGAUGUGAAUGUUAAAUAGGGGAGCUGUGUGUAUGUCUGUGUACGUGUGUAUGUGUGUGUGUGUGUGUGUGUGAGAUGUAGGAGAUAGAGCGUAGCUUAGCAUGACUGUGACCUCUGCUGUAGAGCUCCGAGCUGAAUGUUUCCUCGAACAUGGUCCAGGGUGACCAUCAGGGAAAAUAUCAUAGAAACAUGAAGAAUGAAACACGGAUGUACGCUGUCUGACUGACCGCCGUACUCUGCUUUAGACACCAUGAACACAAGUCUGAGUAUUUGGUGGCUGAUGUUGUCUCUGUCUCCCUCUCUGUGUCCAGUGUCCCGCUUCUCCAGCCCACGUUUGACUCCCAGGUUGAGCAGAAAGAGGGCGCUGUCCAUCUCCCCGCUCUCAGACGCCAGCAUAGACCUGCAGACCAUGAUCCGCACCUCUCCAAACUCCCUGGUGGCCUACAUCAACAACUCCCGCUCCAGCUCGGCCGCCAGCAGCUCCUAUGGACACCUGUCAGUAGGAGGCAUCAGGUAUUACUCUUUUUUAAUAACGUCUUUGGAAAGUAAUGAACCAAAAAUGAUAUUUUAAAGUAAAAGUUUACUUUGAAUUCAGUCUGUUACCACUGAACUGACGUGACCUGAAUCGAAUCACAGCCGUUAAAGACUAAAUUAGGAUUAACAGACUCACGUGUUUCCUCCCUCUCUCCUUCAGCCCGUCCUUCAGCUUCCCUCACCCCAUCAACCCCGUAGCCUACCAGCAGCUGUUGUCCCAGCAGAGAGGUCUCAACGCCUUCGGCCACACGCCUCCUCUCAUUCAGCCAUCGCCGUCCUCUUUCUCCGCUCGCCAGCACCCCCUGACUGCCUCGCCGAUGUCCACGUCCCACAACAGCUCCAACUCUGAAGCGAACCAGGUUUGGACGGGAACACUUCUACUUUCACCCAAAGAUCAGUUAUACCACCAAAUAUAACUAUUGCAUUGAGAAAAUUCAUUAUUAGGGUAAUCUGUAAUCAUGUAAAAACUGAGCCAUCUACAAAAAUGAUAAUAAUAAAGAGUUUCCUGAGGGGGGAGUGGCCAGAAGCAUUGGCAACAGUAAGAUAAACCCACAUAGAAAUUGAACUUUUUCAGGCUGAACUCGGACUUUGAACCGUGGACUUUUGAAAAGCAGAAAGUGACCCAUCGAUUCACUCAUUCAUAAUCCUCUAGAAACAUCAGCCUGUCUGUGUAUCCCGCUGGUAAUCCCACCUCAGAGAACGGCGCGGACACCUCGCCGUUGUUUUUGGCCGGAUAUCUCACCGUGAAGAGAUUUGUGGAGUCCUGGUUGCAGCAGGCACCCCGGCCCAUAAGUCAGACCAGGACCCGCCGCCGAGACUAAACAGUUUAGACUGCUUUAUGUUCGCCAAAGCCACAAGGAAAUAUGAAAGAAGAGGAGUUAUUACCCUCCAUACAGAGGAGGAGGGGGGCGGCGGCGGGGUGGGCGGAGCUUUGAUCUGAUUCAAAAAAGACCCUUAAAAGCUCUGACGGAGACAGACAGAAAAGAGGACUUCAAGAUUCGAAGCAGCUGAUGACUUAUUGUGAAUGUGUGUGUGUGUGUGUGUGUGUGUGUGUGUAGUGAGGCUCAUUGGAGGGGGUCCAAUAAUGGAGGGGGGGUCCUUUAAUCCCACCCAGACAUUACAGCAGAGUUCUGGGGGCCCGGAUGAUUCAGUGGGCUGGCUGGGAACCAGAAGGGAAAUAUGGUUCUGAUCUCAGUUCGAAUGAAGCUGUGAGUGUGUGUGUUAGUAAACUGAGGCGUGUCUCCUCCUUUAGCAGGAGUUCAGAUCCUCCAGGAGGAAUACUGAGAUUCUUCUGGUGUGUGUCAGUGAGUCUGUGCUGAAACAUCUCUGAUAGACGGAGGUUUACAGAAACACUGCUGUAUUCAGAGUGCAGAUAAAGAGAGUGAGUAACACGGAUAAAACGUGGAGGAUGUCUGCUGCAUAUUUCUGACCUGGAUCUGAUUCUCCCCCAAAAAAAGGCGUUUCUUCACCUCUGUAGUCUAUAAGCUGGUCAAGAAACUUCUACUGUAGUGAAAAUGAAAAGGUAAAGGUGUUUUUAUUGAGCCGAAUUAUCAAUAAAAUCAUGAUUUUGUUAACAGGUAUGGAUAUAUGUGCUGUGGCAUUAGUAUAUGUGAACAAGAGCACAGUAAAGUUAAAUCUGCUAAUUUUCCAAUGAGGUUCUGUUACUAAACGGAACUACACCAUGUUCUACUCAGGUUAGUACAUAUAGGGUCACAGACAUAGUACUAGACACCAAACAUCCUUUUAACUUUGACUCAUUUCUUUAGCAAAGAGACUAAACACAACUCACCUACUCUCUUCCAGCAGCCGCUUGUUUGUAGAGAGACCUCAGGCCAGUCCAUUACAGACUACAGCGGGGUGCCGCAGCUCAAGGAAGAACAUAAAGUCUAUAAAGUCUAUACUUAGCUUUUGUCUAACUCAUCACUUUUACUUCCUGUCUUUUAGAACGCCGGUGGAGACCCAGCAGUGAGUAGCACAGUCAACCCGCUGACCACCAAGAGGUCAAAGGUGAAGACCGAGACAGAGGGUCCUCUGCCCAUCUCGCCGUCCUCUCAGGUAAGAGAAUCAGAAGACGAUAAAUCCUGAACAGCGAGGUAAAGGUUUCCUUUGACCUUGAAAAUCCCCAUCAAGCUUCCUCUGCAGCGGCUUACAGUGAGUUCAGUCCCACGUCGUUGCUAAUUUGGCUUUUAUUGAUUAUAGAUAGGGAAUAAAAACGCAGCCUUAAUCAAUGACAAAGGCAAGCGAGCAAGCAACAACUCAUUAGGAUGAAGAAACAGAUAAGAUAAGGGAGAUGCAAAAGAGCACAGAUCGCCUCGGUAAACACCUGGUAUGCAGAUUCUGGUUGAAGAUGGUUUUAUUCAGGUCGUUUAUAUCCUGUAACGACGCUUUUAGUCCUCUCUGAUUAAGUGCUCUUCUCUUAUUCCAGGACCUGGGCGGGGGCAUCCUGGACCUGAGUGAGGAUCUGGAUAAAGACGAGUGCAAACAGGAGCCAGAGGCCAUCUACGAGACCAACUGUCACUGGGAGGGCUGCACCAAGGAGUACGACACCCAGGACCAGCUGGUUCAUGUGAGUAUUUAAAGGCACACUGGGGGAUUUUACACAAGCUCUUUAUAUACAGUCAGGUGCAAAUAUGACUUCAAUUUUAACAAAAGGUUGUUUAACUGUGUUUUAUAGUAUUAGAUGUUCUUAAUAACAAACUCAAAGUUUACCAAAGUUUGACCGCCAGAUAGGCGUCAUUUUCAAGAUGGCGUCCAUGAUGGUAGGAGACCCCCUAGGUGAAUAGGGUAAAAUUUUUAACAAACAGAUAUCACCAUGAAACUUCCCAAGUUUAUAAAUUACAUUAAGACAAAUACUUUUUGUAUUACAAGUUUAGUCAAAUGUUAUGUUUGAAUAUGUAAAUUAGGUAAUAUCUAAUUAAAUAUGCACUAAGUUACAUACAUUUAAAAUACUCUCACCACCCCUAAACAUUCAAAUAUCUCCAUGUGUUUUUUUUUCAGGUUCUUGAAAUGACCAUUACUCCUUUGUAUUCAUUCUAGACCAGAAAUACUGGUGCCUGAUACAUGGUUUGACCAUUUGAUAUUCUAAUUAGCAUAUCUAUAUGAUAGAUAAGUGAUUACAAGUACAACUAGUGUCAACUAGGGUGGUGAGAGUAUUUUUUCAUUUACAGAGUGAUAAAAAGAGAUAUCCAAAGUCCCCUCCUCCCCCCCUUCUCACUCUAGUAUGUCAACAAAAUAAAACAUGAAUUUUAAAAGGGUCUUUAUCCAUCAUUCAGUUUUCUGUAAAUGUCUGUAAAUUAGUGCAUAUUUAAUUAGAUAUGACCUCAUUUACAUAUUCAAACAUAAUAUUAAAAAAAAACUUGUAAUAUAAAAAAUAUUUGUCUUAAUGUUAGUUAUAAACUUGGGAAGUUUCAUGGUGAUAUCUGUUUGUUGAAAAUGUUACUCUAUUUACCUGGGGGGUCUCCCCGGGCUUCCUACCAUCAUGGACGCCAUCGUGAAAAUGAAGCAUUACUAGUGGUCAAAGUUUGUUCAACUUUGAGUUUGUUAUUGAGGACAUCUAAUACUAUAAAAACAGCUGAGAAACAUUUUGUUGAAUUUUUUUUUUUUUCAUAUAUGCAUUUUUAAGGUUUAUGUAAUACAGGGCUGAGAAAGCCGAGGUAGUGAGAGGGCCGAGGGGACAUGACUGAUUUAGUCCGUUAUCAGCUGUGAGAUCUGCUGCUCCAUGUUUCUGGACGGCAGUGUGUCCUCAGUGUUUGGUUCAGGGUCUAAAAGGGUCUAAACAGACGGGUUUAUCUGACUCAAACCUGAAGAAUCCUCCGUGAAGAGACAGACCGUCCUCCACAGAUGUUCCUCUUGGUUUCCUGUCAUCAGAGUUGUUCAUCUCCUUCAGUGUACUGAAGGUGAGGGACGAGCCGACCCGUCAGAGGACCUCUUGUUGUGGUCGAAAAGUUAAAGCGGCGCUCGUCUCUCCUCUGCUGCUCAUUAAACGCCUGCUGAUUGAGUCCGCUCUGAAAGCUGUCAGGUAACAGAUCCCUUCCUGUCUGUUGACACGCGCUGCGUUAAUGAGCCUGCCGACUCUCGCCAAAUUCAAGCCCGAGCCCCGCAGCUGUGCCCCUGCAACCCCUCAGCCCCGUGACCCCUGACCCCUAACCUCUUACUCUCAGAAACACCCCCAACCCCUGAAGCCCAGAGGGUCGACCAUAAAUCCAUCGUAGUGCCAGAAGCUCUGGAGUUAUGAACCCCACGCUCAGCCCCUUUUUCUUCUUGUUUUCCACAUUUUGACUCUCGGACGGUUAUCUCUGAACAUCCGGCGGUGAAAUACAGAAAUACAACCUUUAACGUAAACCCUGAAUCCUGAACUCUGCGAGAGGGUGAGGAGGCGGGAGGAGGAUCAGAGGUCUGAUCUCAGGAAAAGAUCAUCUUAAAUCCUCCGAGGAUCCACCGCUUUCUGCCAAACUUCAAAUAAACAUGAAAACCAAGAGUGCAGCAUCCAUUUCUACCCCAAAAAGAAACCCUGACAUCCUCCUCCUGCACAUCCAGGACCGACCACAGUUCUCCUAAUAUCAGCACACACCUGUGGAUUAUUUUUGCUUCCACGCGGCCGAGGUUAACGGUAAAUUAUGGAUUCACAGCUGUGUGUAACCUGAAAAUAGAAGCCUACACUUGUGUCCAGUCCUCCUCCUCCACCUAAAAUAGAUCUCAGCAGAAUCAUCAGCCGCUGAACUUUCUCGCCGGUGGAGAGGCGGCCACAUAAGUGCAGCGUUGUGGGUCUGGAUGUCCUCAGGAAAUGAAGUGGUUCCUCUGGGGGUGUGGAUAUUUGCAUGUGGUGCAGGGGAAGAGGGUUUUUAAGUGUGUCUGUUGAGAAACGUGUGUGUCUGUGUGUUCACUGCGCGCAUGUUAGUCUGCAAAGUAAGUCAUUAGAGUUUGUGAAAACCUUCUGAAGACAUCACUUAGAUCUCAGCGAAGCUCGAUUCAGUCUUUGUCUCAGAUCCGUAUUUUUACACAGACAUGAACUUCAUCACUUUAACUGAGAUCUUCCUUAAAAAAGUCACAAACACAGACUGAAAAAACUGAAUUUUUUAUCGUCUGUUUGUGAAUUCACUCCUCUGACUGUAUUUGGACCGUCUCCUCCUCAGCACAUCAACAAUGAUCACAUCCACGGGGAGAAGAAGGAGUUUGUGUGUCGCUGGGAGGAGUGUUCCCGGGAGCAGAAGCCCUUCAAGGCUCAGUACAUGCUGGUGGUCCACAUGAGGCGUCACACGGGGGAGAAACCACACAAGUGCACGGUAAGAAGCAAACGUUCCUUCAGAGGGGGGUGCCUCUGUUAUCCACCUGUCGUCUCUCUCCUUUUCACAACAGCAGGUGAAACUUUUUGCAGAUUUGCUAUAACUCCUCCUCUCUGGUCAACUUUUGCCCCAAAACUGAGAAAAUCUGGUAUCUCUGAUAUUUUAAAAAUGGAGUUAUUCGAAAUAAUUCGCUCCUGUUUCAUGUGCAGAUGGAGAAACAAGCUUCUCAGACUUGUACAGAUCUUUCAUGUUUAUUUCUGCUGUAAAGAUGGACUUCUUUCAGUGGGUGUCUAUGCAGCUCCUGUAGCUUUUGAACAUCCCUCUAGUGGACACUUGAGGAACUAUCAUUUACCACCAGUUAAAUGACUCAAGACUGGUGAUAUCCUCUUAUUCCUACAUCAGUAUUUUGACACACUACUCUCUCCUUUUAUGGAGUAACUUUGAGUUCUUAUAAAAUAACGUUGGUAGCAGAACAUAACUACAAAACAAGGCCUCAGGUUAUAUGGAGAUUUCUGCAGAAGACACUUCAACAAACAAAAGAUUUAAAUGAACAUUCUGGCAAAAUUUAUUCGAAUAGAUUGUUUCAAAUGUGCCACAUAAAUAUACGUUUGUAAAAGACUCAGGGCCUGUGGGUAAAAGCAUUAGCAGCCACAAGCAUCCUCUCCACCGCCAUCAAAAAAGGAAAGUGGUUUAGAGAUUUUUCUUUGUGGUAACAGUCAGACAUGUUGAUAAAUCAUGGGGGGUUUCAUCGGAGCCGUUGUUUGCCCUGUGAAGAUCAGAUUGAGGGUCUGUUUGCUCGGCUUCAAAGCUCGCUCACAGGGUCUUGUGAAUGCAUUAAAACAGAUGACUGUUGGAAAAGUAGUGGAGAAAGCUGAUUGACGGCGUGGGCGUGUAAUUAAAAUCUGCAGAAAAGCAGGGGGUCUUGAGUCCUUAUUACAGGCACGCUUUAUAUUUUCUGCUCAAAUCCCAAAUGCAUCUUCUUUUAGCACUGCUCUGUCUUUAAAGGGAGAAACUUUAGACUUUUAUUUCUCAUUUCUGAGCUGCUUUAAUUCAAUUCUCUUUUAAUUUCAAAGUCAGCUCCGUUCACAAUGACUGCUCAGAAGGAAUACCAAAUUAUAGCUUGUACAGUACAAGCGAAUACAAAGGCGAAACACAGACUUCUCUUUGUUUCAACAAAGCACACCAUACACAAAGCUUUACCACACCUCACACUUAGUUUAGCUAUUUCGCAUAAUCGCCCUUUUUAUCAAAGUGCAGCGCUGCUUUGCUUUUGUGUGGCACGCCACAGUAGGCGGGCAAGAGUCCAACAGUGGAUUACACGUCAUAAAUGUUAAACACAGAGCUGUUUUUUUUUUUUGUAUUUGUGUCGCUGGAUCAUUUCUCUAUCCAGCUGCAGACAAAACGGCACAGCUCUCAGAUCUGUCUCUCUGUCUGUGUGUCUGACUCUGAGUCUGUCUCUCUGUCUCUCCAGUUUGAGGGCUGCACUAAAGCCUACUCCCGCCUGGAGAACCUCAAAACCCACCUCCGGUCCCACACGGGGGAGAAGCCAUAUGUGUGUGAGCACGAAGGCUGCAACAAGGCCUUCUCCAACGCCUCCGACCGGGCCAAGCACCAGAACCGCACACACUCCAAUGAGGUAUUUACUAAUCCAAAUGUCAGGAAUGUCAUGCAUUUGAGCAACCGUCAGCUCUGAAGUGUAAACACCACAUUUCCACCAUGAUUACAUUUUUCAGUAUAAAGAGAAUAAACGACAUUAACACUGAAAAUCCUCGAAUCGCUCAAACAGGACUCACUGCUCAGAUCUCAUUAUCUGUCCUACACUGACCCACAUGCGUUAAAGAACAAGUACAUGGACGCCACAUGCAGCGAACAUGAGGGUGAAGAGGAGAAACCGUGUCGUAGAGAUACAUUUUAUAGUUUUUAGUGAGCAUGACCGACUCUCCGUCUGUUCCACCAACGCCACCAUGAUAAAUAACACUCGAGUGAUUUUGAAGUUGAAGAUCUGAGUCAUAAUUUUUAAAAUAUGUAAAACUUCUGGUAUCUUUGGACGUAAGUGUGAACUUAUUCACACACACUUUAUGUUGGGCUGUUUAGCUGUUUGAGGAACAUGUUAAAGUUUUAAACUCAUGGUUGAUGAUCUGAGAAGCAGUUGAAAAAAACUGAGCUGUUGUACCUGCUGCGUACCUGUACCUGUUUGUUCUGCUGUCAUGGAAAGGUCUCAUACACUGAGACUGUAUGUUUACUAUUGUUUCACCCUGACCUCCACAGAAACCGUAUGUCUGUAAGAUCCCGGGCUGCACUAAGCGCUACACUGACCCCAGCUCCCUCAGGAAACACGUCAAAACGGUCCAUGGACCUGAAGCCCACGUGACCAAGAAACAGCGAAAUGACGCGCCUCCGAGACAACAGCCACCUAAAGGAAACGGGGAGAACGACACCAAUUCAAAGUUCGGCGCUAGAGGCCUGGACGGCAAGAUUGAGGCCAACAGCACCUCUAGAGGAGCGGAAGACUUCCUACAAGUGAAAUCUAUCAAGACAGAAAACUCCAUGGUGGGUCCUGAUAACAAAAACAAUCUGAUGUUGAUUAACUGCAUCUGGCAGCAAAUGAAGGCACCACACUCUGACACUUUUCCUACUGUGACACUCUUUACUAACAUUGCUGUAAGGUUAAAUGUUCACCAGUGCUGCCUGCAUCCUUCCUAAUUCACCUCUCUGGUUAAUGCUCAAACUUGCUUCUCUAAAGUUAACCUUCCUAAUGGACAGACUUCACUGAGGUGAGCGCUCAAACACUCUCUGUCUUGUUUCAACUCGGCAUGGAAGAUGUGCAAAGUUUUCUUUGCGUUUCAUGAACUUGCAUGUGAUGAAAUUUUCCUUUCUGCAUGGUUUUCCAUUAUCAUACAUUGAAGACGUGCUCCUUUGUGUAUGCGACGCACACAUUUGCAUGUAUGGAGUCAAACCCAGCUAUGCACCAGUGUUUAACGGGGGUUUCACACCCAGAAGAUCCCAGGCUGUAGCCUCUGCUGUGGACCUCUGAUGAAAGUCCUCACUGCAUUAAUAUUUAAAGGCUGUUAUAGUAUGUGUGCUGAAGAAAUAGUGCCAACACCAAGCUGUGAGGCCGCCUUUAGUACAUUUUUCCUUCUUGAUUUACUGUCAUCACUGUUUUAUUGUCAUCCACAUCUAUUAUCGACUUGUGUUCUUGUUUUAAAUAAAUCAAAGUCAUUUAUAUUUAAUUAUAUGUUUGAACCGUAGACCAGCAUUAGCUUUAACAAAGCAUCAUUACAGUCAGAAUUUUUUAACUUUGGUAAUUAUUCAUAUUUAAGAGAAUAUCGAAUGAAGCUCUUAGAGCUCUACAAAGACUUUAUAAUGUCAUUUCAUCCAAAUGUUCUCAUUUUUUCUCAUUUUUGAAAACCAUCUCAGUGAUAAUUGUUGUUGGCAGAGUAAAUAUUUCCCAGUAAAAGAUUAAAAAACUGUACUGCAGUACUUUCAAAGGCUUUCACAGACUGACACAGUACGCUCACAUCAUGUUCUGUCCGUUUUCUCCCACUAGACGUAUCAGUCCAGUCCUGGCGGCCACUCGUCCUGCAGCAGCGAGCCGUCGCCUCUCAGCAGCGCCAACAAUAAUGACAGUGGGGUGGAGAUGGCCAUGCACAGCGGGGGCAGCUUCGGGGACCUCAGUGCACAGGAUGAGUGCCCAAUGGUUGACUCCACCGUUCCUGUUGGGGGGCAGCAGGCUAGCAUGGGACUGCAGAUGAGGAAAGCCAUGGGUCAUGGUGGUGUGGUCACCAUCAAGCUGGAGAACAUCAAGAAAGAACGGCUGAAGACAGUAAGGGAGUCCUGCCCCUGGGUGAACUCUGCACCACAGCCACCUCAGGGCCAACGCAACAGUAUGAAGCUGCCUCCCAUACCUGCAGUCGGUAAGUGCAGAUGGUGAAGACAUCCGUUUGCUUUGAUUGACGGUAAAAAAUGGCGAAAUGGUUCUGUCAAAUACUCAGUCUUUUUCUAACAAUGUUGCUCUUGUUGUCAGGUUCCCUGCUGGAGAACUCCAACAUCAUGAGCAACUCAAGUGGUUCGUACCCUGGCCAGCGCAUUGGCGACCUGCCUUCAUGUGAAGUAACACUGUUGAACCAGCUGAACGAGCGCCGGGACAGCACCACCAGCACCAUCAGCUCAGCCUACACCCUGAGUCGGCGCUCAUCUGGUAUUUCACCCUGCUAUUCCAGCCGCCGCUCCAGCGAAGCAUCGCAGUUUGGUGCCAACCGCCACAACAACAUCAGCUCGGCUGACUCCUACGAUCCAAUCUCCACAGACCUGUCUCGCCGCUCCAGCGAAGCCAGCCAGUGUGGAGGUGGUGGUGUCAGCGGUGGGGGUGGAGGAGGUCUCCCAAGUAUCCUCAGUCUGACACCAGCCCAGCACUAUCGGCUCAAGGCAAAGUAUGCUGCCGCCACUGGUGGAGCUCCGCCUACUCCUCUCCCCAACAUGGAUCGAAUGAGCGUAAGGACCCGCAUGGCCCUCUACAGCGACUCCCAGGAAGGCUUGUCACACUCUUUCCACCAGCCACUGUCUGGGACCGUGCCUCGGCGGUGCAGUGAUAUCGGGUACGGUAUACAGAGCAUGAUGCCCCACGAGGUGCCAACCAACCUCCCUCGCCGUGCAAGCGACCCAGUCCGUCGUCCCACACUGGACCCCCUCUCCCUUCCAAGAGUUCAGCGCUAUAACAGUAUGAACAAUGUAAACCCUAUGAUUGGUCCACCAGCAGACCGUCAUCAGGCUCUGGCUAUGCAAGGCUACACUCGCUCAGAUGGCAGCCUGCAGCGCUACCCAUUUGCCCCCAGACCGCCGAGCAUUUCUGAGAAUGUAGCCAUGGAAAACAUGGCGGUAGACGGGAUGAUGGCUGGAGGGGAGCAGACUGGAGAAGACGAUAUGGUGCUGCCAGAUGACAUGAUGCAGUACCUCAGGUCCCAGAAUUCUGGGCCCUCAGGACACAACUCGGGACAACUGGAAUACAGAGCCGGUAAUCAGACUCAGGGCUACCAGACAGGCAUGCCCCCACCAGCAUCAUUUUAUGGACAGAGAAGGAUGGCCAUGGUGGAUGCCACCAUGACUCACUCUGGUCAGGACAUGCAAUCAUGCCAGAUGGGCCAAACCGGUUCCCAGCAGCCUUUCUCGGUACCAUCGAACAACAUGCAUAAGAGUAAUAUGCCGGUGCAGUGGAACGAGGUGAGCUCAGGGACUGUUGACACCACGACCAAGCUCUCAAAACAACAGCAGCAUCCUCUCAGGGGGAACUUAGCUGUUGUUCAGCAAAGACACAAUUUUAGUUCCUUCCAGGGUCAAGGUCAGAAUUUGAGCAGCAACCAGCAGGUGGUGCCGAUGAGUCAGAAUGUGUCAUUGCAGGGAUAUGGAAACCAGAGGCUGAUGAACGUCUCUCACCAACAGAGGCAGUGCAACAGUGUGAACUUUAAUGAGCAGAUGAGUCCUCAGCAAGGGUUCGGCCAAGAGGCCACCCCAAAUUCUAUGUCAGGGAGUACUAGCAUGCGACCUGCUAGGAACGGUAUGGCUGAUCCAGAGCUGCAAAGUUACAAAGCAAGGACACAGGCUGAUGGAUAUCCUCAUGUGAACCAAGUGGAUCAGCAGCUCAACUACAGUGUGCUCCCCCAGCAGCAGCAGCAGCAGCACGGUGUUCAUAACGGAGGCAGAAGCAUGUUACAACCCAGGCCUCCUGCAGAGCCCAGGUCUACAGGCAGACAGCAGUUCACAGGGACAAGCAUGAUGCAACCGAGCCAAAUCCCCAAGUCAUCUGCUCUGAGCCCUACCCGUGGCACUGGCACCUCGGAGGCAAGCCCCAAAAGGCCCAGUGGUUCAGUGACCCACACCAGCAACUCUGAAAACCCAAACCCCGCUGUUUUCUACACAGGUCAGAUUCACAUGUUUGAGCCAGCUUCUGCCACCUUCGACGCCUCCAUGUCCCACCAGACCCCCGCAAGUAACACCUCCACUGGAGCCAACAUGGCCUCACCAGGGGUAAACCAGGUCUCUAGUAGUACAGUGGACUCUUCCACUGGUGGAUCUGGUGGCACUGAGCAUGCCCAGAUCGACUUUGACGCUAUGCUCGAUGACGGGGACCACUCCAGCCUUAUGUCGGGCACUCUGAGUCCCGGCCUUCUGCAGAGCCUAUCCCAGAGUUCCUCACGCCUCACCACCCCUCGAAACUCGGUCACCCUGGCGUCGGUGCCGGCGGGGAUUGGCAACAUGGCAAUUGGUGACAUGAACUCUAUGCUCACUGCUUUAGCCGAAGAAAGCAAGUUCCUCAACAUGAUCAGCUGA